AUGUUAUCUUACUUUCGUGAUCGAUUUCAGUACAGUUGGCAUGGUGUUCCCCUGUCCAAAGGGAUCAUAGAAGGCCCAAUAAGUACAAUCUCCGAAUGCGCCGAAGGCCUAGCAGUCAGAGGUCGGCAGGCGUCUUUGGAAUACAAUAAAGGCCCUUCAAGUCAGACGCAAGCCUGGUCGAAACCGAUAAAGUACAAGCCAAGUGAAUACGGUAAGUUAUGUGGUUACAGAGUAGCAACCGGUUUAGCGAAAACAAAGAUAUUUUUGCAAAUAACCACUGCGUGUUUCUAGUCUAUAAUGUUUCCAACUUAAAUUUAAAUUCUAUCGAAAAAAUGUUUUUGCCGUCCGGUCAUUUAUAAAUAAUCGGUACAUUUGAUGCUUUCGGGUUGAAACGAAAGGGCGUCUGAUUUGCGAACAGAGGACAACGAACAGAAUUUUGGCGAAACAUUACCUGUUUUUGCCUACAUGGCAACCACAACGUUCAUUUUGUAACAGGGAAUAUUGGUGCUGUCGAGAAGAACAACCUGUAACUUAACUCCAAGUGUUGUUCUCAAUUGAUUAAUCGUGCUAAUUCUGGGUUGGGUGCUUUAAUGCGCGUCAAAAUACUACUGUCUAAUCCGGUGUUGUGCUGCCUAUCGACUGGACUAGGCGUUCAUUUUUGGGAUAAUUCAGGAGCAUUUCUAGUAAGUAGCAUAAAAUGCCCGAAUUUCAUCAGAGGACGCUUUGCUUAACAGGGCUUAGUAAAAUACCUCACGAGAUGAGGAUGCUAUUGCUAAACUAAUAGGGAACAAUGAGGAGCUGCUACGUUAGGAAAGUUAAUUGUUUAAAAUGAGGAGUCGCGGCCUCAGAAUUUAUUUUUCGAUCACUGAUGAGCACAUUUAUCAAAGAAUUCUAAGGCGGCCGGAUUAUUUAUCGGUGCUCAAGAGACUAGUUUCAUUAUGCCGCCAGUACAAAGCACUGGGCUACUAUUCAAUGCACUUAUUCAGCGACUUAAGCGCUGAGAUUGAACAUUUUUUGCGCUAAAUUAACAAACAACCUAACGCGUUGAAGAGCAACGAGAAGUGACGCAGAGAAGAAGAUACUGACGUAAAAAGCCAGAGAGACCCAGAUGGCUACUUUUGGGUAGGGAGAUUUUGCACCCUCUAGAGGGGCUGGACCAGCAUACGACCCGAUCACGCGUCGGCGCACGUUAAUGGGCUGCACACUCAGAUGUGGGAUGUGCGGUGACACACCCAGACGCGGGAUUGCGCCGCCCAACAUUUGCGCCCGAUCCUGUCUUAUUUACUUUGCCCUGACAGCGGACCCAGCUGGGUGAGGAAAGAGAGAGUGAUGUUGGUGCGGUGAAGGUGUUUUCUCCCGUGCAAGUCACUGCCUUCUCGUUCAGCAUUCUCUGAAAUCUUCGGCAACGACGGUCGAGGUGCCAGACUGAUUUAAAAAAAAAUUGUCCUAGACAUUACUUAUAAUUAGCAUACAACAGUAAACAAUUUAUCUGAGAAAGUCUUUAAUGAAAUACCUUACAAGAUGUGGAUUGUACUGUUUGGCGAACUGGAAGAAGAAGAGGGGAUGCCACAUCAAUAUCGCAUUACACUCCAUUGUCAUGAAUGCAUUUCCUUAAGUUACUGCCUGAUUUCGUCGCAGAAAGCUACAACUGUCAACUUCCCGCUUCCUGUUUACAGGAACGGUCUCUUGAUACCGUUAGUGUUGAGAAAAGUACUACAGUUCUUAGCCCUGAUUUGGCGGCUUCAAUGUUGUUCUGUUUGGGAGAAUUUACUAAGAAAACACAUUGAGCGCCAAGCCAGACCACGUAGGAAUGUUAAAUAUUGGUCACUGAAUUAAUUUUAUUGCUGAUACAAUUAAAGGAAUCAGAUUAUGAGAAGUAGUGGCAGGCGCUAAAACAAGUGCUUUCUUCGCCCGACGUUUCUGAUCCUCUCUCUAACUCAUCAUCAGAAACAGUAGCACAAACGGGUGAUUCAUGCACAGGGAGUUUCCGUAUUUAUAGGAUGCGGUCAAUAUGCUACUGCACACCUAUGAUAAUUAAUCGCACUCCGCUUUAUCGAGAAUUGUUGCUCGCUGGUACGUUAAUUGCCUGAUGGCCGACAUACCAGUUGUUAAUUCCUAUAAUCUAAUCACCCCUGCUAGAUGCUGUCAUGAUGACUGCUCGGCUCUCCGGCUCACCGGCCUGCGCGCUGUCCGAGUGGUUAAUUAUUUUGGUCAGAAUAUGGCUCAGUACGGAAUAUGGAGUGGGGAUGCCGUUGCCUUGUUGGUAGACCGAGAUCCCACGAAGCAUGACUCAAGCAUGUCGCGGCUCACGCGAUUAUCACCUCUGGCGAGAAUGUCGGUCUCAUUGAACUUAAAUGUGCGGCUGGAUCUCGUCGGCCAUCAAGCAAUUAGCGCCCCAUCGGUUAACAAUUCUCGACGAAGGGAAGCGCAGUUAACCAUAAUAGGUAUGCGGCGGCAUAGCGACUGCAUGCUAUAAAUACUGCAACGUCCUGCGCACGAAUCACCCGUUUCUGUUACUGUCUCUGAUGAUGGGUUCAAAUGAGAAUUCGAAAAGUCAGGCGAAAAAAACCCAUUGUUUCAUUGAUCGCUUCUAAUUUUUAUCAGCUCAUAUCUUCGCGACGUAUAAAUUGGAGUCGUUGGAAAAGUAGCAGAGACAGCUACUAAUUGAUGCUGUCACUAAUGAAUGAAUGGGAGUCCCAUUGUGAAAUAGACACUUAUGACUUGUAAAUCGUUCUUAGACUGACCCACUGCGUCAUGGGGAGAAAGAAAACAAACCUCCAGUCAGCGGUCAGCACAGCAAAACCAAAUCUUUUAAAACAGAACGGAUGGCCUGAUCAACACAGAAGAUUAAGUGUAGUUGUACAUAUUCCUAACCCGGAACAUUGUAACUAAUUAUAUAAAGGUAGAUCCAUGAACUCCAGUUUAUCGCUACCGACUCGUUCUUUUUCAAAUAGUUAAGGUCAGGCACAUUUUUUACAGGCAAAAAUGUAGUUAAAAACAAAUUUUGAGAUUUUUGCUGGCGUUUUUCAUUCCAUUCGAUUCCAUUGUAUCCGCGACGUCACGGGGAGUAAUGUCAUUCGAUUAUUAAACAAACAAAGGAACACUCCUCAGAUCUGACACGAGGUUCGGUGCAGUCAGCGCGAACCGAACAAAAGAGCUCUUUCAUAAGUGAUAGAGGGGGGGGACGACUUCGACUACUCCUCUUUGGAGGAACAUAUUCUGAUAAAGACGAGCGAAUGCAAAUGUAUUCAGCUCCGUGAAUCCCUGUGUAUCCUUGUUGUCAUCGAGAGGAAGGUUGUAGUUACGGGCUUUGCCGUCCCCGAAAACAGUCUCCAUCAUUUGAGCGCUAUUUAACCCAAAACUCCUCGGUGAACAAUGGGAUAUUUGGUUACGAAAACUGGGAAAAACCAGGACUUAUAGAAAUAUACUCUAUCACCAUGCUCACAAAAGUCAAACAGACAAGUCUCUAAUGACGACAUAUGCUACUUCGCGAUAUUUAGAAACGUGUGACUUGGAUUGAUGCGGUCUUUGCAAAAGAACUAGGAAAUAUUUGAGGCAUUCCUCUGACUGUCAUCUACCCUGCUAUGGACUAGUUAAUUUGCAAUAAUUAAGUAAGAAAUCAGCUUCCUCGGAGUAAAAAAACAGAGACUUUAUCCAAGCCGGGACAAAUAUGUGUAAAAUAGUUGCCCCUGGAGAAACGCCGAUGUAGGUAAGGCUACUGAGACACUGCUCAUAAAUAAACUAAAAGAACCCCACCAAGACGCGCAAAAUUUACCCAGCUCUUUUUUUGAAAGACAGUCAAAAAAUUUACUGGGACGGCAUCGAUAAAACAAAAAGCAAGAUUAUAGUGUGCAAGUGAGAAGAGUACAAUUUUAGUAACGCCAAGUCAAGAUUUUUUUGCAAAAAAAUGACACCUUAAGCAUGCAAGCCUACCAAAUGAGCCGUCCCUUUGGCUAAAUGAAUCCGAAAUGUUCGUUUCCUGUAGUUCUGAUUUAAUGAUCGGGACUUUACUCCCAAGAAGACCAGUUAGUUUUUGAGCAGGCGCGAAAAAAUAGAAGGAACAGUUGGGCGGUCGCUGCCGACGAUUCCCAUUGUCUGUCCUGAGGCAGGAAUGACGCACGAACAGUGACUUACGCGUGAGUUAGGUUUAUGUUGGUGGCAAACUGGAGCUGCAUUUACUAUGCUCUUCCGUCCUCCACCGACCUUGCUCUGAUGGCCUCGGUUUCAAGCCAUAGUCAAAAAAUCGGGCUAGGCGCGGUGACUAAAAAGUCUGUCUACGCGUGCCCUACGCGUCCUGCCAACAAAUCUGUUAUCUAAACUUUUACAGAAAGAAGAAGGAAGCGUUCAGAGUCCAUCUGAGUAUAGGUGCCGUGGAGACUGUAUUUAGGAGGAGCCAUUGCAGCCUGGUCCCCCUAUCUGAAAGGCGAACCGAGUUUUCCUGUGAAGUAACAGCCUUCCAAAUCGCGACCUUUAAAGCACCCCAGGGUUAAUCUCGAUUUUGCUUGCCUGUCCCAGGUACCAGUUCACUGUCCUAGCAGGCAAGCCCUCUAGUACGGGGGCUGGAUGCGAGCGAUUUGCGUGGCGUGAACCUGCGCCUGGGUGUGCAACCACCUACCACACAUGUGGGCAAUAUGUCAAGGGUGCGCAGCCUAAAUAACGCAUUGGGUACCCUGAUACAUCUUCCAUGGUUUUCUAUCGCAUCUGUUCCGUGGAUUUUUUCAGAAGUUGCGAGCUCAUAACUAACAGAAAUUAUAUAAAGAAGCGGAUAUUUACAGUGACUGGGACGGGGGUUUCCGGCAUUUUAACCAUUAUCAGCUUACAACAUUUAACCAUAGUUCUGGAUAAAAUGAGAUUGGAACAAGGUAUCUCUAGCCACUGAGCGCUAAAAUGUACAGCCCUUCACAAUUAGGCAAUGGGUCCGUUGUCUUUAUGGUUGUGAUCAGAAAUACUAAUUAUCAAACGAGAGAUGUUUACUAAUCAGAUUGCAUGAUGUGCUUAUUGUCUUGCAAAGACCUUAAAUGUUGUCACAGAGUCUGCACACUCAGUACUAGGAAGAUAUAUCGAUAAGGACAAAAGUGGUUACGGUGGAAUUGUGUUGAUAUUUAACAUACUGAAAACACAGGUACUGGCUAAAUACCCAGACCCGCAAGUUUCGCCAAUCUCGUGUCGCCGCUUGACGCAGCUGAGAAACGUUGGGCUCAUUAAUAAGUCCCCCUAUCUUUACGCGUGUUUACUGAUAUAAAAAAUCAAUUUUCACUCUGCCUUGUUUAAUGUUCGAGGAAAAUAAUGCGCUAGCUUGGCGUUAAUCCUUUGGAACAGAACUUUUACAAGUACGGUCUGAAAAUUGAUACGAAUCGCUCAACCGAAAUCUAUGUUUGCGCAUUCAUUUCCACGAAACUUUAAGUAUAAAAGGUAAAACUGGAGUCCAUAUAACAGAAAACACAGAAAAAUCUAGGAUGUACCCAUUGAUGGACCGAAUCCCUCGCGGUGACGUCAAACAACGACAUAACGCCGGCAAACACGCGUGUCUGGGCUAUUAUCUAGUAUCCGUGUUUUCAGUACUGUAAAUAAGUAUCCCAUUCUAUCCUGCUGGCUGCCGGUCGGCGGUUAUUCCGCAGUAGCUGAUGGACUUCAGCUCACAUAUUCACAUAAUAUUUGGACCAAAACUGAAAUGGUCUGUUCCGUAGGAUUUACUCCAAGUUCGCGAAUUAACUUUCUCGGAAAGUAAACAAGAAAAAGAGGUUUGGUUGGUUAUUUCCGGCUUAUUGGUAGUUCGAUUAUAACUAUUAUCCAAAAAUUAACCGGAGGGAACUAAAUAUUGCGCAAAUGAAGUCAUGAAUCAGUCUCAGUUGGCAACAGAGCAACUAGUGUCGUUUGGCAAAAGUGAUUGACCGUAAGAACUUUGGUCACAAAUCUCGGUCAUUUCCGACUGUGGUUUUUGAAACGUGACUCAAGUAACUACCUUUGAAUGGUGAUUUUACGUCGUGAAGCGAUCUGACAGGAUCGCGAAAAGCCGGCUUUUUAGUCAAAACGCUGAAGAAAAUAAAAAUGUGAAUCCUUAAGUCUGCACCCACAGAAGGGCUUAAGUGGCCUGAUGAUGUGGCAUAAAUCUUCAGAAAUAGCGGAUAACCUCAACUUCUCUGAUCGACGCAACGUACAGUCUGCUCAAGCACAUUUAUGUGGAUCACAGAAAACACUACAACGACCUCACAUACUGUUUUCCAUAUUUGGUAAUCCAGAAAAAUGCUCUCUUAGGUAGUUGUGAUUGAGAUGAUUAGUUUAGUGCUUAAGGAAUAUGAAAUAGGUCGAUGCCUGCAACGGAUUAAAAUGGCUUAGAUUACAAAAAGAAGAUCCUUAAUGUCAUGCUUCGCCAGCUGGCACUGCCGCGUCAACAAGAUUGUGUUUGACACAGGAUAACCGGCCUAUCACACCCACGCAUGCCCAUUUAGGUUGAUGACUUUAUAAAAGCAUCAAUUCCGGGUUAGGAAAUGCAUUUCAUCUAAACAGCAGUGCAAGAGAGGACAAACACAUAAUCGUGUCAUUCCAGACGAAUUUGGGACUGGCUAGAAAGCGUGCAUUUCAGCAACAUAAAACAGCAAGUUUACAUCGAAAAUACAAAUUUGUUUAAGUUAAUAAAAACCUGCUCACCUAUAAGAAGUGAGCUAUAAAUUUGUAAACAGUAUGCAAAUUAAUUGGGACUUUAUUCGGUGCAGGUAGAAUUGCCAUAGUGAUGAGUGCACAUGUGAAAUAUUAAAACUUGAAUAAAGUCAUGCUGUUUGAAAAAAGAAAACUAUUUUUUCCUCGGCAUAAUUGGCGCUACCAAUCACCACUGUAAAUUGCUGGUAAUUAUUUCGCCUCUAGAAGAAUAAAUGUUUUUAAUCAUGUAGCCAUAAAUUUAUUUAAGUUUUUUUUAAAAUCCUGUGCUAACAAAACAAAGAAAAAUAGCUUAAUUUCAUAAAAUGGCAAGUGCAAUGUUAAACGUAUUUAUGGACUACAUUUUUGGUAAAGAAGGAUUUGUUAAGUGGGAUCAUUAUGUUGUAUAUCGUGAAAACACAAGCGCGACAGAAUGCUGACUUUUGAAUGCAUUUCCACCUGGCCACCUGCAAAAAGCUUACUUAGUUAAUAACUGGCUACAUAAAUAGUAUGAUGUUUUCCGCUUUUUGAAUAUCGCUGUGAAUUCAAGUACAUUCUACGAACAACAUGAACCAACAGUUUUCCUCUAUUUUUGCACCAGGUUAUAUCUUCAAAGAUUUAUAUUUAAAAAAGGUCAACACUGGGCUUUUAAAAUAGCUUAUAAGACCUUUUAUGACCUUGAAAUAUUUAUUACAAUGUUUAUUAAUAAUGUCGUUUAUGAAAUGUGUAUCAUGGCCCACAUCCAUUACGAAAUUCCGUGAGUCCUGUAUGAUGUCUUCUAAAUGGAAUACAUGUGUGUCUGGCUUUUUCUACGUGUAAACUAUACACAUUUUAGACUUUAAAACCCUAAGGCAAAUGCGGCGGCAGAUUUGACUCAAAGGUAUUCGAAACAUGAGGAAUUCUUUUUAAACCUAUAUGCGUCCUUUCUUUAAGUAAAAAUUUGGAGAAGACGUGAAUUGCUGUUAACCAUGCACAGGAAGACAAAAGUAUGUGCAUGGUUUGCUUAAAUUGUACUUAAAUUUUAGGGAUUAUUGAAAUAAUUGCAAAAACUAUGCUGCUUGUGCAGCCAUUUGUUACCGAGUGUGAUUUUUGCUGACGUUUGAGUAAGAAAGCAUUCAAAGGCCGGCACCCUGUAGCGGUUUUAUAAUUUGCAGUUUAUGAUGUGAGAAGUUCAAUUUGGCAGCCCCACUUAACUUACCCCUCUGAAUCCGGAAUGCAGUUAGCAAUUACGAUUGGGAUUUCAUUAGAUCAAUCGCUGACUGUGAUGCAUGCUGUUAUGUUACUUUAUUAUGUAUUAUGUAUAUUUCAUAUUAUACACAGAUAUGUAGUAUACAUUAUAUCAUUAUUGCAUUAUUAUAUUAUAUGUUUUUUUAUAUUAUAUUAUUAUAUUUUAUUAUAAUAUUAUAUACCAUAUAUUACUAUUGUAUCAUAAACUGAAGUCAGUGUUUUGACAAAAAUAACAUUUUAUCGCUACGAAUGGCAGGAAACGGUCUAGACCUCGGGAGUGACAUGCAACUUACGUCUCUGGACCAACUUUCCUUCCAAAAGCGCUCUAACGCCAUAGUAACCCUUCGCGACUUCUCUCAUUUUCGUACAUUGUGAUUAAGAUUGCACCAAACCUUUUGGACUUCCUGUACAAUAACUUUUAAACUUUGAAAGCGAGGAGUCGAGAACUCGGCCGACUGGACCCCGCGCUCUAUGUGAGUGAGAAAAACGAGGAUCUCUACGAUGUGCCUUUGGGCCACUUAGGCCGUCUGUGGUUUACCCUCUCCUAUGAUCAAACCAGCGAACGUCUGCACGUCACGGUGCACAAGGCACGAAACCUGCGCUCCCCCAAUUACCGAUCACUCAGAUUUUCCAUCGGCAUGCCGGCGGAUCUCACUGCACUUAGCAUCCUCACACCGGUUCAAACACAAGACUGUCGCGUAAAGUAAGUUCAUGUGGCCCGCAAAAUGCAUUUUCUACUGCACUUAGCUUUAUAACUGCGUACCCGGAAGGCAUCAGCUGUGCGGCAAUGUAUUCAGUGGAUUUACCCGACUAGAUGAGAUGAAUUUAGUCGCUAGUCCGUGCAACAAGAUUGUGAAUUCUCAAGGACCUUUCGUUCUUGGAUAAAAAUCGAAAUGGCUGUGUCGCGGACCAGCUGUCGGAAGCCUAUCAGAAAAAAGACUGUCGAUGGUGAUAAGGCGGAUAUUUAAUAAAAUAAUAUUUUCCUAAAGGAGGCAAACAAAUGCCUUUUAGCAUGACCGAGACGAUAAAACAUGACAGGUAGCGAAUGCUGGCGCAGACCCUGGGAAAACUGAAUUGGGGUCACGUGGUAGCGCUGAGUAACAGUUAACGUGAUUAGCUUGACUGCGUAAGAUGGGACUUUUGCUAUUGAGAAUUCUCAUUUAGUCCAGAAAUAUUUACAUAUGCAGCUAGUUGUCUGCGGAAAAAAUCAGAUAUCGAAGGCUGUUUAGGAGGAAGAAAAAUUCUUUUGUUUGGUUUUCUCAAUAUUUGACUGACAACCUGUAGAAUAUCAAUUUAUGCUGAGGUCUAUAGGUUCAGACCAAUGUUUUUAUGUAUGAAUAUUUGGGCCGAAGUCAAUCAGCAGUAAAAUAAUGACCGAGAAAUAUUCAGUAACUGCCGACAUGCAGCCAGUUGCAUAUUUUAAAGUUCAAAGAUACUAGUUCGAUACUAGUUAAAAGCCCAUACGCACGGGUUUCGCCGAUACUCUAUCGCUGCAAGGUACAGCUGCGAGACGUUCGGCACUUCAGCAAUUCCUUUGGAAUUCCCCGGUUUGCACCUAUGGAACCCAAUAUAAAUGGAUCUACUCCAAGUUAGUAGUCAUUUUCCUAGCAAAUUUAAAGCAACAAUUGCUGAACUAAAGUGUCUACCAGAUAGAACACGAGGAAUGCUAUGGUACCCACUGGACAGCCAACCUCAAGCAAAUGUGCCAAGCGGCAGCAGAAUAUCGGUGAAGAACGCGUUUCUGUGUUUUAAACUAUUACUUAUGCUGAUAUUAUGGUAAUUUCUAGUGCUAAAAUAUAAUGAGGUUUGUUUCGAAUUUAUUCAGUCAAGUAUAUCACUGACGACCAACUCGUACUUGAGACACAAACGUGACGACAGACACAGUGCAAAUGUUCAACGGGUGGAAUCUGUCCUACGGGCCAUAAGUACUUCAUCAAAGGAAGUUCAUUUGUUUCUCACUUCCCGUCAUCCCUAGUCCUUAGUGCUGGAGUAUUUAUUAAAGCAUCAGUAUACGUAGACUGACGCCUGGACUUGGAAAGGCAAACGGUAAUCGAAUUGGCGGCAAAAGUCAAAAACAUGCAACCAACUGGCAGGCCAAAUUAAAAGAAGACUGACACAGAGCCGGUUUUAGUAUAUUCCGCAUUUAUUUAGUCAGAAAUAAUCCUGUUCACCAUAUGGCAACGCAGUCAUCUACACAAGGGCUGCGUAGAUGGCUCACAGACGGCAACAGACGGCCGUUCAUAGGCCCCUUAAGGAAAUGAUAGUGGCAAACACCCCGCCAGCUGGCAUUUAAAGUCAUUGUGGACAGUGUAUACAUUCCUGCCGAAAUUAGCGCCAUCUGAUUAAAACAAAAACCGAAUGUCACAAACAGACAACCAGCUGCUAGGUUUAACUCAGAUAAAGCAUGAUGCCUACCGUGGCCGUCCAUACGAGUUCUGUUUGUUUCGAAAUACAAGUAUAUCGAUGUGAGCCACUCUUGUGCAGUUUGUGAAGAUUGUUAAAUAGAUAAACUCAAACGGGCGAAAAAGACUGUGAUAAAAGAAUGCAAACGAAAAAAAUUGAGGAAAACAUUAAACAAAGAUUCCGGUGUAAUGAAAUUGAUAUCAACUGAGAUUAUUCUGACAGAAUCCGCUUAAGGUUUGUAAUUUAUGGUGGAACCUAUUAGCAGGCAAACGCAGUUAAAGGACUUUUGCUAUAGUGUGUUUGGAUUUCGCCGUCCGUAUAUAUAGGAAAACGCUUAAAAGGAAAACUUUUGUUAACAGCAAAUGAUGCACGGCCUACACUGCCCAUAAAAUGAGAAUAUUCAGAUUUUCAGUGCUAAUUUUUAUGCGGUAGACGUCAAAAAAUAUUAAGUACACAUCAGUUAUUUAUCUUUUCAAACGAAUCGUAAGCCUUGUUUAUAUUUUAAAGUCAAGCUGCGACAUUCCGGUCGUCUCUGCCUACGUUGUCUACUGCGGCGACCGUCUGAUGAUGGAUUCGAGUGAGAAUCCGAAACCUCAGGCCAAUAAAUUUCUUGUACCAGUGAUCACAACUUCGUUUUCUGAUGUCUACUGUGCAUUCCGCAGUAGAGUAAGAGGAUCGGCGCGGAUUUCCGCGUGAGUUAGUUUGGAGUGAUAGUAGAGUUGUGCAGAAUCUACCGCAUCCUCCUCCUUUCCGCUGACAACACACAAUUAAAAAGACCGGGGGCAGGAGCGGGCGCAGGAGGCCGACCCGGUUUGAACCCGCACCUAGGCGUACCGCCACAAGCACUCAUCCACAGUGGCCAAUAACCAGGAGUUUUUGCCUCAAAAACGUGAUGGGAGAGAGGCGACAUAGAUUCGCAACUGACAUUUGUUACGUGUUAUGUCAUAAUCAGCCUCCUAUUUAAGAGCGAUUUGAAAUUUUGUUUAUAAAUGCCGUUAAUGUUUCAUACAUAUCGGAAGUCGCCAAUGAGGAUACACCAUGAAAAGAACAAAAACCUUACGUUUACUUUACUUUCUGUCCCCUCUUUUGUGUAAUUUCAUGCGUUUAGAUUGUUGAUUCUUCUCAAUCUUUUGUGACUUGUCGGUCCGCCGUCUAAACGUGAGUUACGUGUUCUUCGUUUUUAGACUCUACCUCGAGAAUGCCAAAAAGAAAUUCCAAACCUCCUCCACUAAGAAGCAAACAAAUAACCCUACCUUCGAGGAGUCCUUUUCCUUUCAAGUAAGCUUCACCGUUUCCUUUUGCAUGCAGUCAUCGCUGCUCGAAAACAGGGUUUCAACAGCCAAACGAACGAUGCUCACUUGUAGUUGGUUUACUAAGUCACCCGAAGUUGGUUUGUCUACUUUAAUGCGAUUUAUGUCGGAGAAAUUUAAAUAUUUACUGUGGAACAGGUGGUCCUGAAUUUUGGGUAGCUCUGAGCGCACCCAGGCAGGGAUUGACAGGCAAAGAGUAGAAACUUACAACGGUGUGUAGCGCUUAAUAUGCGCCGGGUACCCAUUCUCGUGUCCAGACUUCAAAACUAGCCGAUAUCUAAAUCCCCUAAGACUAACACUAAGGCUUAUUUUAACCACCUACUGUAAUACGUGGAGAGAGGUCAUAUUCCUGUGCUAGACCGCACUGAAAUCCAGCGGCCCUUGUAUAAUGGAAAAGUUCGAGAGCCCAUCAUAACGCAUUUAGUAAUUUUGACCGAAAACCGUCUCAAAUACAUUAUGUAAAUUUUCCUACGCAAGGAGAAACUGUGAAUUCUUUAUCGUUUUUGACCACUCGACAGCGAUUUCUAUUGAUUGACCGUACGGCCUCAUCGAUCGGCUCAAACAAAAAUAACAAAAAGACCCUGCGUCUGGCACGCGGCAUAUCUAUCGUUGAAAAAAGCACCAAGGGCUAAAUAUAUCAUCUUUUUUCAAACAGCCCACAAAGAACAGCCAAUGUUCGUCUCUAUUUUCAGCUUACGUUUCGCGUCGUCAACAGACCACACCUGAGACAGUAAAUUUAAAAAGGGUAAAGGAAGUGGAUUGAAAAAGCAAUUUUAUUCGGAAAAAUCAUUCAAUACACGCGCGUUUGACGAUCAAAUAAUAUCCAAAUAGUCGGUAUGACGGAAAACAACAUUCUAUCGUUUAAUUCGAAGAGGUAAAUUUGCAUGACUCCUAAAUAAUCCUGCAUGUAUUUUAAAGCACUGGGUUUUAGUAUACUGUAGGAAAGGCACUUAUGAAGUUAGGUACGAAAUCCAGCACGAAUCAAAACGUAGAUGUUAAUGUUAAAAAAAAUCAGAGUUGCGAAAAUUCCCAGUAAAGAAAUCAAAAGAAAAUUUGGCGAGCAUACUUCAACUUUUGAUAAAUCCGCUUUAGGUCUAUAUAUUUAUAUUCCAAUCCAAAUUAUUAAAAGGCAAAUGCCGGAAAGCGGAAGAUAUUCAACUACAGAAUAACUCCUACUUGCCAGCGUUUUUCUUUUAGUCAUUUUGAUAGCAAUAUAAAUAAUAGGUCUGAAGAGAAUUUGUCGAUAGUUUACGUAUGCUCACCAAAUUGUCUUUUAAGUAAAAGCACGCUAAUCAUCGCGAACUUUCGCAAAACGAAAACAAUUCCGUGGGAACAGCUAAAUAAAAAAUGUUCGGCGAGUGAAAUCAAAAUCUUAUCCUACUAGUCUUUCUGACUUACACUCGAACCCAUAAUUUGGAGACUGGAACAGAUACGCCUUGGUGGGCAUCAAAAAGUUCAAAUAUGUGUAGAAGUACUCUACUAAACAACAACGGACCUCGCCAAAUCAACAGCUAACAAAAUUGCUCAACACCGAUGACUGCCAGCUUUUCUCCAUCUGAGUCCUUGGUUGUGCAAUUGGCACUCCAACAAAGGGAUGGGUUGGAUGCAGACGACUCACGGCGCGCAUCUAUCUGGCGACGCUCUGUUUGCAAAACCCACAAUCACUCUCGUACAUACGUGUGUGUGUCUGUAUGUGGCACGUGGGCCCUCCAAAACGGACCACGUAUUAGAUGCGCUGGAACAACACGGGGCCACAUCGGAUUCUGGCAGGCGUUAUCUCUGCGCAAUAACAAAUGCUAACAUCUAGGGGAUGCGUGGGCAGACCCUGUUGUCGGCAGUCGCCGCACAAUUGGGACCAGUGUCAUCACACCAAUUUUUGUGGGUUAAAAACCUGGCCACUUGUUGAGAGGAUCGGGGGGUGCGGAGUGGAGCGUCCAGGUGCGGACCAGUCCAAGCUAUCGGACUGCGGCCUCCCUCAUCUCCGGUCUUCUUGACUUUGUCUUAACGCCGGGCUCAGGUGGGGGAGGAAGAGAGAGUGUGGUAAAUGCAGCGCAAGUCUGCGGGCACUAUAAGGCUCAGUGCAAGUCACCGUCCCUGCUCCCACUAACUCUUGUGGGGCACACGGCGGACAUCAUCGAAAUCGACUGUCGAGGUCUCGAAUUAGGCACUUCUUGGCCGUUGGCCUACAGACACUUCGUGAAACCCCAAUGUGCGCUGCGCAGGCCUACGAUCGCUUUGACAUUGCAUUUUCGUUUAAUCCUAGGACAGGAAAAUAGAACUCCCGUAAUACAGGUGACCUUGCCGUAAAUGCCAGGAUGAUUAGCAUUAGGGCUAAUGUUAGGGUAAAGGUUACCAUCAAGGUUAUUGUCAGACCUAUGAUUACGCAAGGCCACCUCUGCUACCUGGUGUCCCUGUCUCUGUUACUGACCCCGUCUAACAAGGUGUGUGAGUGAAUUGAGUGUGUUCUGUGAAUGCAUCUCAUAGCCGGCCCACUCCCCGAGGCACGCGGCCAACAUUUUACCUGUGACGGUCAGGAAGUCGCAUUAGCUGUUGAAAUAUUAUUGCCAAUGUUGGCUCAUUGGCGAAAAAUACAGGACUUGCCAACUAUGAUAGACAGAUUUUUACUUAACAUCUGCAACCGAUGUGCGUUUAUUAUUCUCCUUUAUUGCUGUUGCUGAUGAUAAGCCGCUGUGUUAACCCAAAACUUUGGACACUGUAUAUUCCCGAUCGAAAACCGACAGGGCAACGGGCUCGUGGCCCGGUGAGUAGAGGCGUUGACUUCUAAACCAACAGGUCGCGAGUUCGAGGCUCGGGUGUUCCACACUUCGGGCUUGGGUAUGGCCGGCUGGCGACGGCUAAUAAGCCAGAAAUGGUCAUUCCAGUCUCCCUUGUCUUUGUCGGUAAUAUCAUUCUGCCUAUAUAUCGUGCGCCGCUGCGCGGCUGCUGGUUGGGCUCGAGAGAGCCCUUAAGGCACAACGGAACGAGUGAGUUCCGUAUGAACGAUCGGUGAGCGCCCCCUUACAUUGAUUAAAACUCUUUUUGAAUCGGUUUUGUCUCCUCCAGAAUCGUACCUUUCUCCUAAUUGCUAAAGGAUCGAAUUCUUAAAGCCGCAGGACGUAAAUUACGCCCGUUCUUUCUCCCGGCAUUUUAAAUCCUUGUUAGUUAAUCGUCUAACGUUGCUCCCACUAAGUUGGUCCUGCCAUUUUGGCUGGAAUAAUUAGGAUUUCCACGCAUUUCCCGCAUGCAACGAAAAUCGUAUGACAUCUGCGACAAGCUAAACUGUACUUAAAUAGAUACUGCCCAUUUUUUUCUCCCGCCAGGCCACGCUCUGUGUGCGAUGCUGUACAACAGAAUGAGUGCUGCGGUCACCGAUUUGUCCGUCAUAUUGGAUAAAGGGGGGUUAAUUAUCAUUUUUUUCUGAAGUUACUGGUGGUCGCCUAGGGAUGGGCGGCAAGCAACGUAUGAAUCGGAUUUAUCACUCCUGGCAUGCUUAUUGCUAAUCGGCGAUGCGGUAUCGCGGGGUGGUAUAACUUCGUAAGGGAAUUUGGCGGCUAAAUCGAACGUUCCGCCAGUUGAAUCGGAAGUCAUGUCUUGCCGGUUAUGAUUGUGGUUAUAGGGCGUCGCCAAUAGUGGCAUCCUUUGAUCUUUCCCUUACUAUCACAAAUAGCUCUAGAGUCACAGCAUACGGCGACUGAUGCCGUUUAGGGUUAUCUAAGACAAUAAAAAGAUAUUUUGAGUCGCCUAAGGAUGCAGUUCUAUUUAGAGCAGCCUUGCAAACCGAACUUUCCCUAUAAGGUGGGACUUAGGCGAUUCUAGAAAACCAACGACUCCAUCUACCCAGUUUAUAUCAAGAUAACGUUUAAACCUAAGUGAUGGUUUUUUGGGUUGGUGUGCAAAUAUCAAACACACAAAGGAAUUUCCUAUACUGUUUCCGCAUAAAGAAUGUAUGCGUAGGUUCUACAUGCGUUGCAUUUGCGAAUAUUUGAGUAAGACACUGAUAAAAGUUGAAUUUCCUCGGAUUUUUCGUAAGUGCUGUAAAGCAAGCACGUAUCGCGAACUGAUAAGUAGAUAACUAUAACACAAAUACUGGAAGACAGCAUGCUUAAUGCAGUCCCGGGUUUUUGACAGUGUUCUUCAGGUGUUCAGCAAUCGAAAAACCGCAAAAGCUCUCAAAGUGAUAGAUGGGCGCAGUAAGGUCUUACUGCAUUAAAAAUUUAGCGGCAUCAGCAGCGGCAGCUGGCGCGCCCCGAUCUAACAUCUAUACGUUCUCGUCCAAUCAGUCUUUCACCUAUCUUCUCCAUUUCAAAUUCACCCCUAUGACCGCCGUGCCAAAACUCAACCACCUGCCCCCUCCUCCGCUCAUUUCAGAUACCAGUUCACGAGCUUCAGAGUCAGUCCAUCCGGUUCGAGGUUCUGUCGGUGGAGAGAACCAAACGCAGCAAAGUGGUGGGCUUCGUGUCCUUCCCACUGUCCGCCUUGCAGAAGUCCGAAUGUCAGUGGCAGCCGUUGCGAGUCGCACGGGACCUGCAACUGUACGAACUAUCCAGUGUGAGUUAUCAACGUUUGCUAAGUCAGGACCUAGGUCGUCAUGCCUCAAACAUUUUGCUAGUCAGCGGCUGCCGCACUGUCUUCGCUUGCAUAUCGUAAAACAUAUAUAUCCAGCGGGCGGACAGAAUGCGAUCGAGCGAGAUCCCAAAGAAAAAACUGCGGGAUAGGGGCUUCCUAGGCCCGUUUAUAUACAUCUGUUGAAACAGCUGCCUGCCUCUGGCGCUGUGUUUACCGAAAUGCCGAAAUGUGUUUUCGUUCGGCAAAGAUUAAUCAAGUAGGGUUGUAAAACUUAUCAUCGUACAGCAUAAUUUUAUAACCCUUCACUUACCUCAGAUUGCCGCCUUUCGAACAUAUUUCUUAUCGGGUGAAUUCAAAAAGUAUACUCUGUAAAAAAGGACUACUUAUAUAGCGUGCAUUUUUCUCAUCGGUUUUCGAUGCCCCUAAAAGUCUAAUCAUAUUUCAUGGAAAAAAGGCAUAAAAAUAUCCAUACUGUUGCUGAUUCGAUAGAAAAUUACGUCGUUUUCCAACUUUAUACUCCAAGGUAGGGCGCAAAUUGGUUUUUAAAAAGUUUUAAAUUGUGAGAUUUUUUGACGGCUGUUCAUAAAAGGCAAUGUCUCUACAUUUACCACUGUUCAUCGUAAAGUGAACAAUAUGGCCUAAAUCCACUGUUAACUAUUAUGAAUCCCAUAUGUCCUCUUCUUAAUAUGGUAUAGAAAUAUAUAGUUUUCUGUAAGCGAAAAAUAUAUAGUUUGUUGUUUGGAAACCCUGAAUACAAGUGUUGAGUCAGGUCGUGUUCAAAAUUAUUCGGGAAUUGUAAACGUUUCUGAAAAUCGAAUGAUACUCUUCCUGCAAGUAUAAAAUUGGAAGAACAAGCUACUUCCUACCGAAUGGACAGAAAUGAAUAUUUAUGUAAUGUCUCCCUUUAAAUAAAAUUGAAUAUUUAACGGCAUCGAAAAUCAAUGGGAAAAAUGCAGGCAACAUAAGUGGUCGUUUUUUCCAGUGUGUAGUUUCUGCAUGCAGCGAAAUAAAGUCCGUUCGAAAGCAUGCAUCCUGAGAUAACUGAGUUAUUAUAAAAUUACGCUGCAAGAAUAUCAGUUUUACAACCCCACUAAGUUAGUCUUUGCGAGGCGAAAACGCAUUUCGGCAUUUAUGUUGACAUUUCGUGGGUUAGCGCACCUACUAUACUACUGCAUGGUUUUAUAUGCCGCAUAACAUUAUCAGCAAAAGCAAGGGAGGCUGAAAUAGUAUUUUUUGACGUGUUGGCUGCCAUCCACCAGCCAUACUUGACCUCGGGGUGUGAAACAAUUUCAGUUGUGGUCUUUCGCAGUCUGCUGGCUAGAAGUCAAACUACCUAACAUUUUGGCCAUGAGAUCAUUGCCCCGUCGGCUGCAAUUGGGAACAAUUAUAAUGGCAGAGGGGUGCACAACGAUCAGGACUAGGAACAAGGGAACGAAUGAGUUCCACAAUGGGAAGGAACGAAACCUUAUUGAGUAAAUAUUACGAGGUUGUGGAAACUUACAAACGAAAAAUUGGCCUCUCACCCACUCCUGGCAGGUAAGAUUUCAUAGCACCUGUCUGAGGUCUACAUGUGUACUAUAAAUAUCGGAGACUCCUUUGUCUGGGGCAAAAGUUAUCGUCGGCGUCUGCCGUUCUAAAACAGGCACAACGCUUCCUGACGUCUGUGACUCAGAUUAGUAAUGUAGUAAUCGCCGUACUGGGUUCGAUGACGCUAAAAAUAAAUCUUAGGGAAAAUCUAUAUAACAUGGCGCGCACACCGGUUGUUUAUUAACGCAAACAAUAAUCACGUAUCGAUUUUAAACCAGGCCUGAAAUGCCGACUAUUGAUUUUACAUUUACUUAAUUUCUGCUAGAGGGAAGCUCAUCGAUCCUUCUUACGGAACCUACUCGUUGAAUUGUGUCUUACGAGCUCUCUCUCGAGCCCAACCAGCAGCCGCACAAAGGCGCAUGAUACAGGCAGAAUGGCAUUACCGACAAAGACAAGGGAGAGUGGAAUGGCUAUUUUUGUCUUAUUAGCCGUUGUCAGCCAGUCGUACCCAACUCCGAGGUGUGAAACACCUGGAGCUCAACACCGUGACACGUUGAUUAGAAGUCCAGCGCCUCUAACCUCUGAGCCAUGCGCUUGUUGCCCUGUUGGUUUCGAUGGAGAAUAUACAGGGGUAGGAAGGUGCUCACCGGCCGUUUUUACGGUACUAAUUAGUCCCGUUGUGCCUUGUAGUACUGUCACAAGCCUAACUAACAGCUGCACAGCGGCGCAUGAUAUAGGUAGAACGUUAUCGCCAACAAAGGCAAGGGGGAACUAAAGCGGCUAUUUUAGGCUAAUUAACCGUCGUCAGUCGGUCAUAUUCAUCUGCCCAUAUCAUGCGCCGCUGUGAGACUGCUCGUUGGGUUCGCGAGAGAUCACUUAAGGCACAACGGAAGGAGUGAGUUCCGUAAGAACGAUCGGUGAGCGCCUCUCCUGCAUUGUGUGUUCCCGAACGCAACAGACAAGAAAACGAUCGCACGGCUCAGUGGUUAGAAGCGUUGGACGUUAAUCUAACAGGUCGCGAGUUAAAACGCCAGGGGUUCCACACCCCAGGGUAAGUUAGCACUGGUUGACGACGGCUUAUAAGCCAAAAAUGGCCAAUCCGAACUUCCUUGUCUCUGUCGAUAAUAACGUUCUACAAAGCAUCUGUCCACGACGUGGGAACCAACGUCAAACACCUACCGAACAAUUUUCUAUUUUUCAAAUAGUGCUAACUGAAUUUUAGAAAUGGUCGCUGAGACACACACACGAAGUUCUUCUGCGCCUACGCGAUCGACUCACGCAGUAUAAUUGCGCCCACAACUUUUGUUGUUAGUGGACGCUCUUUAGAGUGAUUUUUCGAAGUCCGGUGAUUCCUCGUAUUCCAAUGAAAAUUUUUGAUUGAACGAACAUGAUGACCAGAAUCAACCAUGUAGUCAAAAAUGACACCAAUUAUACAUCAAACUUCGCUUUUGUAAGCGGGGUUGAGAUGUGGUUACGCAUAGUUCUGUUAUCAUCUCCUGCGACAUACCUGUAAUCCAUUUCACGGAUCAAGCAAAUAAGUUAUCGAACAUGCAGUGGAUGUGAGCCGGCAUCCUACACCUGCUUUCUGGAAGACCCACGCUUAGGAAAGUAUUAAUAAUACCUACUUUCUUUUCUAACACACGUUUUAAUGUGCCUCAUUGUCAUAAAAUUGCAUUUUCGCCAUACGAAUUGAGCAAAAACAAACAUCUGUCGGUCCAAUAGUUACGUUUUAAGUUACGAAAUGUAGGGGCACCAAUGCGACAUUUUUCUUAAAUUUUCUUAAUGUUUAUGAGAAAUCCUGUACGCUGAAACAAACGUUUGCUGGAUAAUACUCCGGUGUUGAAAAAACAAAGAACAUUCUUUUCUACGAAGUCCAGCAUUUUUACACAUUCGCUGAGUUUUUUUUAUUCUAGGUUUUAAAUUUCGUAAUAUGCAUUUUCCCCCACAAAACAUUAUUACUGCUGCUUAAGUAAUCGUGAAGUCAGUCGCUUGUGGACUAUACAUGUUACUAGGGUCCAGACUCAUAUAUGAUUUGUAGGAACCUUCAGAUGCGGUCUUCCGCCGUUAAUAAUACUUGCAUGAGACCACGGUUCCAGCUGACGCGCGCGGGGCAGCAUUAACACAAUUUACUGCAAUCCUUAGUAGACUUAAGUAAAAAAAUAUAUACGUAUAGAGGAAAAUUAAAAUUUGGCACACGCACUUUUUCGGUUAUUUCUAGCAAAGAGUUUGCGGUACUGCAAGUAAGUUACGAUUGAGAAUAAAACCACAAAUAGGCAAUGAGCGGUCGUCAAAGGAGGACGUAAGGGCCUUUAGACAUACCAACAACACAGGGGUAAUUACAAGAAAUUCUGUUAGGCACCCGGAGAGGGGAAGCUGCUAGUGAAUAGUGCUCGGAUGUAGACGCUAGAGGUUGGGUCGGCCAACCGUAUGGUGACUGUCUUAGUCGACGCGAUUAAUAGCUAUUGUUGGAGCUGGAAAUGGUUCUUUUGCAUUUUAAAGAGAACUCGAAAUCCCUAGUUGACAUCUGCCCGGUGAGGGCCGUUAACCACGUCAGCCAUAGUGAUGCUAGUGAUCGACGUUUUUAAAAUGCUUCACUUACAGUGCGUGACCAAUCUCAUGAAAUGUUGGCUGAAAUUCUGAAAUGCGUUUUCGAUUAGGACGACUUAGUUGGUCGCGGUUGUGAUACUCUUAUAACAUUUUGGACUCGACAGGAUGUGGGCUUUUAAAUGCACUUCUUCUCAAUCUCGUGUAGAAAGCGUGCUUGGUAAAAAAUGGCUACUAAUGUAACAUGCAUUUUUCCCAUUGACUUUCGAUGGUCUUGGAAAUUCAAAUAUAUUUUAUAAAAUCCACAAAUAAAAAUAUGCUUUCUUUAAGGCAAUCAAUAGAGAAUCACGUCUUCUGUAUAUUUUAUACUUAAGGAAGGAGCAUAAUUAGGUUUUAAAGAAGUUUUCUAAUUGCCGAAAAAUUUGAAGCCUGAUCAUUCGUUGCAUUAGCGCUUAGUGAUUACACUCUACAAGGUGCAUGCGUUCCGCGUAAAGAAAAUCCCAUAUUUUUCUAUGCCAUUAAAGAGAAACCAUAAAGAGUCCAUAAAAGUUUGUAAUGGAUGCAGACCAUUUUGUACUUCCCUAUGUGAAUGUACAUAUCGCGGUUUUAAAAAGUCUCCUAAUUAGAAACAUUUUUAAAACCUAAUUGUACUCUUUCCUUAAGUAUAAAAUAUAAAUAAGGCGAUAUUUUCUAUUGAUUGAGUAAAAGAUAGCAUAUUUUUGUUUGUGGUUAUUAUAAAAUAUAUUUGAAUUUCCAAGACCAUCGAAAAUCCAUGGGAAAAUUGCAUGCUACUUUAGUAGUCAUUUUUUACCGAGCACGCUUUCUACAGGAGAUUGAAAAGAAGUGCAUUUAAAAUCCGACAUCCUGCCGAGUCCAAAAUGUUAUAAGAGUAUGCCUUAAGACAAUCAAUAUCACGACCGCGAUUAAGUAAUCCUUCCUAAUCGAAAACGCAUUUCAAAAUUUCAGCCAACUGUUCAUGAGAUAGGUCACGCACUGUAGCCAGGAGAAAUAUCAGGUUUUCGUCCGUUUUGAAAAACGCCUUAUCUGUCAGCCAUAAUAACCUGCCGCUUGGGAGCAAGUGAAGACGUAAAUGCAAAUUUAAGCAGAUCGAACGGACAGCCGAUCCAGUCUUUCAAAGCUUAAAAUCAGAAUGCGUGAGAAAGUAUAUAGGAUUUAAACGGACGCGUACGUGAUCGCAAUCGCAGUAUUAAAGCUGUUUCGUAGAAGUUCGCCGUCUAGGUCUCCCGCCUUCCGAUAAGUUAUUGUGAACAAAAGUUUCUUCAUUUUAAACAUAACCUCACCCACGUCUUUUGGGGGUUCUUGAAAUAUUUCAUUAUAAGCCUUUCGGAAAACGUUUUCCUGCACUGUUUUUUUAUAAAGGCGAGUUUGUUCUCCAGCUUUUCCAGUGUGCCUAUUUUCCCUAGCUCGGUUUGUUAUUCAACGGAGUAAGCUUCACUUCUGACGUACAGAAACGAAACUGUGAAAGUGUGUAUUUUACACUGCUCACGGUUUCCUGCUAGUCACUUUCUUACUAAUUGUUCUACUAAUUAGAACGUCUAGAAAAGGGCGACACUGUUUUUUCGCCUAUAUCAAAGCGAAUAUAAAUGAUGGGUGAGCUUGAUUCUAUUUGUUCACAUGGGUGCUGAUGAAAUUACUCAAUGGCGGAUCAGAGGCUAGGUCUAGAUACACCGCGGGACAAAAUGAGUCAAUACCACCCAGCGCAAAUCUUCAUUUUGGAAAUAAAAUGGAGGGAUUAGUGGUCCCCCCUUUGGAGAUAUACAAAGCAGAACGUCUUAUGGAAAAAGUAAGAGAUUGCAUUUUGCAAGAAAAAGGGACAGUACAAUGCAUAGGUCUCUAUAAUUCUAAAGUUUCUCUGUGUGCUCCACUUACUUGUGUUAUUACGCAGGUUUGAUGGGGAAAAUCGAAAAAGUACGUUCGUAUGGAUUUUUUGCGUAAAUAUAUUCGCAGAACGCUCCAAAAUAAUUCGAACAUCCGGGCCGGGUUUAUAAGACCUUUCUGGCCACGCAGGACCGAAAACAGGCGGCAUCCGCUUUGAUGCCGCUGCCAUUAUACAGAUGACAAAGACCAGCAGCAAAGAAAACCGUCUUUAUUCAGCACAUGUUGCUGUAAUUUAAACCGACAGGGGGGAGGAGAACGAGGGUUGUUGUUGUUAUUGUUGUUCUUCUUCCCAGUUGUUUUUUUUUUCAUCGUAUGUUUAGCAUCUACUAGUCAUUGCCUGCGUGCAGAUGGCGUGGUUUCCCAGCAUUCAUUUUAAGACACCUAUUUAUAGUUCUGUCCCCGCGAACGGGAAACCAGUACUAUCUCUAAAUAAGGUCGAUUAGACAUCCCAGGCGGCUGCCGAACUCCAAUUUAUAUGUCACCCCUCCGUCGGUCUUUUGAAGUAGAGUUGCAGGGGGAGGUGGAGGAGGACACGAAAAUAAUAACUAGGUGUAAAUACACACACAACACCGUAUAUCCUCAUCCGGUUUGGACCGCCGGUUACGUUGGCUAACGGAACAUGACUGCUAGCUUCAGGGAGCCGAUAAUGAGGGUUAGGUGUCAGGCGAAAACAGCAAGACGCAGUCGCUAUUUACGUGCUGAGAGCUAGCACUCAUGCACUGUUGCUCCAAACUGGACAUCCCUAUGCUACACAGAAGUCGAGUGCACAAGACGUGAUUGGAAUCUCAGAGCAGAAUCUUCAAGUCUUUCAGAAGCAGGGGCUGAGAACAAACAAUGACAGUUUUAAGGUCGUUGUCGACGAUGUUCACCGUGUGUUCAACAGCUGAGUGAAACCAGGGACGAUGACUUGUGGGCAAAUUUGUUUAGAGUGAAGGCAGACUUUCACAGCAUUUUCCGCACUCUUCCUCCGCUCCCGCCUAAGCUCAGUAUCAAGAUCUAGCCGAGAAGACCGAAGGCCGGAGAGGGUGCAAGUGGCUGACACUGCUGGACCCGCACCUAGGCAUACCACCGCACACCUCUAGUCCACCAAAAAAUCUCGACCAUUAUCUUAACAAGCAAAAACUCGGCCGAAAGAGAUGGAUAGCACAAGUCAAUGGGCGACCAUGCACAUGACCUGUACAACCAGCGGGAGCGCUCGUUGUCUUGUCUGUUGCGAUCAGGAACACACAAUGCUGGGGAGGGGAAGAUAAUAACUAGGUGUGAAGACUCACAAUCAAAACCGCAUAUCCUCAUCUGGUUUGGACUGCCGUUUCCGGCGGCUAACAGAACAUGACCGCUAGAUGGAGCUUAGCUUCUGGGAGCCGCUAAUGCGAGUUAGGUGUCACGUAAGGACAGUGAGAAGCAGCCGCUAUUUACACGUUGAGAGCUAGCAUUCAUUCACUGUUUCCCCAAACUGGACACUCCUGUGCUCCACAGAAAUUGGGUGCAGAAGACUUGACUGGACUCGCAGAGCGGAAUCUCCGUCCUAGCCUAAGCUCAGUAUCAAAACCUAGUCAAGAAGACCGAAGGCCGGAGAGGGCGCAAAUGGCUGACACGGCCGGGCCCGCACAUAGGCGUGCCAAUAAACCCCUCUGGGCCACACAAUAGUUGACCCGGGUUUUAGCCAACAACUAACACACCCCUCUACUCCACAACAUAAGCGUUGACCAUUAUCUUAACAAGCAAAAAGUCCGCCAGAAAGAGAUAGUUAGCACAAGUCAAUGGGCAACCAUGCCUACGACCUGUACAACCAGCGGGAACGCAAGCGCAUCCUACGCUAGGGAGUCAGGUGCCUAAGAGCGGUCAGCGCUCACCAGGCUGUGAUGACCGUGGUUUGCUGAGUCCUGGGAUAGGGGACGCAUAUAUUCCAUUAAUCCAAGAGAGGGUGAGACGCUAACCUGAUUUUUAGCAUCGACAUAUUGCAAAGCCAUUAUACGGACAGGCUGGGACAAAAAAACGGGCAGCAUAUGAGACCGCCCCUUCUUCAAGUUUACUUAAGUCACACCCAAACCAGUAACCAACACUGGUGGCUGUUCCCUGAACCGUCGUGUGUAAGGGCAACGUGUAUACAAUAGACUUAUGAGGUCCGGCCAUAAGGUGUCAACAGCUCCUCAACCGGUGGUGCCAACGUUUCACCGUCCAAAACAUAUGCAAUCUCAGUAUCGGCUAUUUUUCGGUUAGACCUCCAGUGCAGACUGCUUACAAUCGGUUUAUUCCUUAAAGAAAGCGAGAAAGUAAAGGUCGAAAGUCAUACUUCAUCAUAACUACAAACUAUGUUCCCUACACACUAGCCGUGUGAACCCACUCAAGUAAUCAUGUCAUUCGAAAAACAAACAUAAGAGGAUUACGGAUUAGUUCUUGGCGUCAAUCACUCACUAUCGGGGUUACCAUCGGAUGCUGUCCCAGUAACUUUUCAUGUAAGCAGCGGGAGACUUCGCCUGUCCACAUCUCCGGAUAAGCAAAUGGGAAAGAUUCAAGUUAAACAAUUAACUAGGAUUUACUCGGCCGGUAGUUUAAGUCAAAAUAUAGUAAAUCUAAGUCAUGAGUCAAAAAGGCAAGCCAAAGAGCGAGGUUCUUCUCGUGGAAACACGCUCUUUGCAUGCCCUAAACUACUGUUGUGAUUGUAACGUAACAUCUUUAGGGAAAUGCAAUUUAUGAAGAGAAUGAAUUGCUAAAACGACUUUUCCCGAAUGAAGCCUUUCAUAAAGACGACAACGUUUGUGCUAAAAUAACGCCUACUGAUGGGCCGGCACGAUUCUUUGAAAAGGCACCCGGCAUAAACAUCACGGAAAGGAGACAGGCACUGAAUUUCGUGAAAUGUCCGUCUUUGUUUAAACGAAAGACUGGGGAAGGUAGCAAAAAUAGCGAGUUCCCUGGGUGAUGGGCGUGGGCGGGACGGAGGAAAGGGCGUUAAAAUUGUUCUCACUUAUGACAACAGUCUUUAUUUUUCUUUUUCCAAUACAAAGGCGUGUCGCAAUGUAGCAGAAAUUGAAGUCUUCUCCUCCAGCAGAAAAAGAUCGCAUUGCAGUUAAAUACAGUUUGUCUUCUUCCCCCCUCAUCCUAAUUCCCAUCCGCUCUACUGCGUCUCCUUACAUGAAUCAGAUGAUUGCUUCUAUUAUCAGGGAUAAGAUGUCAGACACCAGCACGACGGACCUGUUGCAUACAACAGGGAGCAGAGAGCGCUGGUGACACCGGUCGAAUGCGAAUGGGUGGCUGUGACCUGUGCUAGAUCAUGUCUGCAAGAGGGCGAGAGAGGGAAUACGAGCGUAUUGGCGUCGACUACUUUCAUAUAUAUAUAUUUGAAAGCAAAUACGUUUUUUGAAAAAAUUAGAAAACUUCCUUAAGCAAAUGUGCUACGCUUGCUCCACAGAUCGUCUUCAGACCCGAGCAAAUAUGCAAACAACAAUCAACAUUUCAAACGUGCUUCAACAGCAAUAUUCAUUUGGCGUUUGCGCCAGUAAACGGCCUCCUAGCGACCUGGAGAACCAGCGUCAAAAAUUUCUAAAUAAAGUUUUCUAUUGUCAAUAGAAGCGAAGAGCCGAGUCCCAGGAAGUAGUCUUGAAGAAGGAGACACGAUCGCCGGGACAAGAGCUUUAUUAGCCUGACGUUUCGGAUUCCUGCUCGAAUCCAUCAUCCGGUUUCUCCGACGUAGUUGCUUUGUCCGCAACUGCACCAGCUCCGAACGAGAAUGGCCGAACACGCGGCAGCGGUGCGCAGAAAUGACGCCAGCUCUCAAGUUGCAGCUCAUUCGACGGGAUCCGGCCACACAUUUAAAUUCGAUGAGGCCGAAAUUCUCGCAAGAGGUGACAACCGAGUGAGCCGGGAGCUACUGGAAUCAUGGUUUACUGGCCCCCAGUCCAUCAACAAGUGCUACAAUCUUCCCAUUCUAUACUCCGUACUGAAACUUUGCCGAGGCGGGGUAACAAGCCAUGCGGGGAGCGCAGAGGUGAACACUUUUCCCAACACCGGGGUCGAUGCGUCAGAUGGUCGAGCAAUCAUCACGCCAACAUCCAACGCACGUGAUGAAAUUGCAGCAAGUAUCGACUCGAAUGUCGGCCAUCAAGCAAUCAUCACACCAAGUGCGCCAAUCCCGGAUGAAGGGGAGAGCCGUGAACGUUCAUAGGUAUGCGGUAGCAUGGCAACUGCAUCCUAUAAAUACUGCAACCGUAUGUGCAUGAACCACCCUUAUCUGCUUAUGUCUCUGAUGAUGGAUUCGAGCAGGAAUCCGAAACGUCAGGCUAAUAAAACUCUUGUCCCGGCGAUCGUGUCUCCUUCUUCAAAAGUUUUCUUUUUUUUCCAAAAAACGUAGUUGCUUUCAAAUUAUAUUUUUUGGGGUCUGCGUUCCAAAAAAUAUGCACCAUAUAAUUACCGACAAAGACAUACGAGAUUGGGUGGGCCAUUUCUGGCUUAUUAGUCGUCGUCAGCCAGUCAUACCCAAGCCCAAAGUGUGGAACACCUGUGGCUCAAACUCGCGAUCCGUUAGUUAGAAGUCCACGCUUCCACACUUCGGGGUUGGGUAUGACUGUCUGACGACGGCUUAUAAACCAGAAACGGCCAUUCCAAUCUCCCUUGUCUUUGUCAGUAAUAACAUACUGUCUAUAUCAUGCACCGCUGCGCGGCUGCCGGUUGAGUUCGAGAGAGAGCCCGUAAAGCACAACGGAUCGAGUAACUUCCUUAAUAACGAUUGGUAAAGGCCGUCUACAAUAUAUUUACACAGGAAUGGGCGCACACCGAUCUACUCGUUUCACGAAGCAAACAAGCUCCGUAUUUUUGGCAGGGGGCAUGAGCAGGCAAACAAUUACCAGGUCGAAGUAGGCCAAGUCAUUAUAACACCUGGGGGGUAUGACAAAGUAUGCGGGUAGAUUGAUACAGUACUGGUUCGGGCUUAGUUAGCCUUUAUUUACUCAACCGUAACCCUGACCAGCAGCUGGGAACAGAAACACAAACAUGCUCACAGAAGCACAUGGAGAAUUCGAUCCACCACUGGGGUCUACCAGAUGGGUCAUAAGAACUUUAUCGAAGCGAAGCUCUACUUUUCCCAAAGCACUUAUUUGCUUUCAAAUUAUUUUUCUUCAGCUGAUUGCGUACCAAUAUAUAUAUAUGAAAGGAAGAGCCGAUCUCGGGAACCAUAGUUGUAUUGUCCUGACGUUUCAAAAUCAAACAAGAUUUCAUCGUCGGAGGUGAGUUUUGUACCACGCCUCACAGUAUUUAUAGGUGGUGAUGGUCUCCUUUCAACGAGUUUACCUCUGGUCGGGGGCCGGCGUUCGGGCGCUAGCUGUCAUCGCACGUGUUCGCAUGGAUCUUAGUUCUUGUCUUAGGCUGGCAAUCUUCUUUACGACCUUGUGACGGCCUGUGUUCUCACCGGCCGGAUGCAUACUGGAAGGUAGGCAUCCAAAGAAAUGUAAGUUAAAGGCAGAGGCGUUCUUUGGGAAAAGGUACUUUACUGCGUGAAUUUUCGACGCCUGGGGAACCGGCGUCGCAACAGUAGCAUUCCGAAUGAAAGUUCGUGACCUAGAGAUGUCCAACAUCGAUUCAAAUUAAGGCGGAGCAUUUACCUUCAAGGUUACGAUCUGGCCUCAUCAUAGGUUAUGGUAAGUUAAAUCUAUAUCCUCGGUGCGACGUCUACCCUUGCAGACAUCAAAUACUUUGGAAUAAUAAUCUUCUAGAAAAAUUUGCUCGGAUGAGCAGAUAUUACUUGCCGAGUUAUGCAGGAUGCGGGAUCUUCUUCCUCACAUACCCAAUUUAUCGAAUGAUUGAUGUAGUUAAACGAUCACCUCAUGCAUCCCACUUGCAGGUUUUCCGAAUUGCUCGUUAAUGUUAUGCGAUUUUUUCAAAUACUUUUCAAUACAACUGCUGUAAAGCGAAAUUCUCUUCGCCAAAGUAUUCACUAGAAUACUUAAUCGAGACUCGCAGCACAUGCAUUUACAUGCUAAUCAAAGGAAUAUAAGUAGUCACUUCGUUUUUGUACAUGCUAAUCUCUUCAUCGCAUAUCAUAGAAACAGAUGCUGAGAAAAAUUGUUUUUUUUAAAUUUCAGUUUCCCGGAAGUAUAACACUAAUGGUGGCCCUUACCUACUUUCCAGCGACCAGUCGUCUUACGGUUGGCGUGUUUGAGUGCCAGAAUUUGCCCCUUAAGUCAAACGGAUUUUGCAUUGGUAAGUGACGUUUAACCUUGAAACGUGGCGCAUCUGCGGGUUACUGUGUAAGACAUCUAGUUUUGAGGUGAAAGAAACUAAAAGUUCAGACGUUUUCUUAAGCAGGAUUUGAUGUUGCUGUCAGAAUUUGCAUCUAAACGUAAUGCUAGUCCGGCAAAGUUUUGCGGCAGGGUUGACGCGAACUACGCGGUCUAGCUCAGCUCUCGAUGACAAGGGCGACUUUUUGCUUUGCAGAUGCUUGCCUGCUCAUGACAUCUGCAAUUUUGCUUGUAGCCCAUCUGCCUUACGAAGGCAGACAAGUCUUUUUUGCCCCGUUUAAGCAUAAACACAUGCCAUACUUAUUAUAGAGCAAAUGACAGGGGCAUUGAUGAAUUACCAGUGAGCAUAUUUGUAAACCAUUCGUCGGGGGUAAGAUCUACUGCAAAGACCAUGAAUAUAUCUAAAGCUUAAAUGCAAGAAAGACUUAAAAUUUAUCGACGUCACUCACUUUUGUAAACCCUACACCAUUUGGACCAUCAGUGGGGAUUUGAAGUGAGAGCAACCAAGCCAAGGAAUGUAAUGGCAGCUCAAGAACGUUCUAUGGCGAGAACACUCAUUGUUGCAAAUUUGAAACAAUUGUUGAAAUUUGGAAGGGUCAGUGACCAUACUUCAUAUGCAAGCUAAGGUUCAAUCUGGGGAAAUGGCACCACAUUCAUUUACAAAAUAAACUUCAUGCUUUGCACUAAAAAUUCAUAUGUCUGCUGGAAAAUAUGCGUCCCCCAAGGAAUAUAACUCGAAAAAAAAAUAUCCAAGGAAAUCGAUGAAUAAUUAUGUGUUCUGACAGAUGCCAAAUAAACCGUUUCGACCCAACUAUAAAAAAACUCGGCGACCACAAUUGCAAGAUCAAGGCUUGAAAACUCGGCCAAUCCUCUAACUGCCCAAACUACGUGGCCCAAACGUGAGACGUGAGUUUGGUCAUAUUAUGGCCAAGUUACCCGCCCAGCCCACUGCAAGCUAUGGAAACCACCAGCAAUGAUACAGUAAAGUGACCGUCUAAGCAGGGUUUUCUAAGUAGUCAAAAUAAAUUAUUCAAAAUUUUUCAUAAUACCUAUCACUUACACGAGCCUGGUAAUAACGUGGCGGAUUCUAGAUAGUUUACUUAAAAAAAUCAUGCUUAAGCAGUCAACCCUUUCUAUAAGAUUUAGCAGAUUCCAUACGUUGCAGGAGUCUGGGCGAGUAUCCUUACUCAAAUUUGUCAAAAUUCCCGGCUCCCAGUGGGGCCUUGUAGCUCAUGUGGCUAGAGCAUUGGCUGAACCAAAACCUGAGGCCGCCGAGUUUUUAGCAGUUGAGUCAAAAUAAAAGUCAGCAAAGUUUACUUCAAGUAGAUCUUACACCAGUCCCUGGCCCGUAUUUGGACGUGUAUUAACCAUGCAAAUCAGUAUCAGUUUCGAACCUGUCUGAACAGUUGGCGCUGUUUUGCCAUUCGUUUAGGAAUAUCUUUGCAAUGGGCUGAAUCCCGAUCCGAUUGGCUAUCACCUACGUGUGGAUAACUUCUUAUUCAAAAUGCGACUGAUGCAUGAGUUAACGGGCGUAUAGUAUUGAGAAAUUUUUAAUUUCCUUUAUGGGCGGACACCAUCAAUGUGUGUUUUAAUAUAAGCAGUUGUUUCUCUGGGUUCUAGCGUAUGUACGACGAUUAAGGGCAAGUAGUCUGACCACUUUAUUUUUGUCUGAUAUUCAUGCGUGCCUGUACAGGCCGAAGUUGUAAUUUGACCAAAGUAUUCUGCAUUGUAGUGGCUGCACGGGACCUUGUUAGCAACGUAUCUUGACAGAACUAGUCACCCCUAUCCUAAGUCACUUUUUGUGGGCCAUCUUUUAUUAGUGUUUCCUCGGGCGUAUCAAAGUUUUCAGGCAAGGGGGCAAGGGAGCGUGCGCUUAUUUUAACUUUUUUGCUUAGUGUGAAUUGCCUAGUUACUUGUCUUUUUAAUCCUUGGUUUUAUGCUUUGAUGGACAAAUUCUUCAGGAUACCCAUUAUUAGAAAAACGUUUGAACAAACAUUUAAGAUCUAUUUGAUAACUUUUGUUACCAGAGUGUCGUAUAUUUGCUCGAAUAAGUAAGCAGUAAACGACAAUCCGUAAGUGAGCAACAGAUUAGUUGAUCUCCUGAUGUAGAAUGACGUUCGCAUAGGUUAUUUUGCGACAAAAGCAUGUCUUUAAUGUUUAUUUAGUCAGUAGAUGUGUGUGAACUCCGGAAACGAUAGGUAAUUGCCAACGCAUUCUUAAGGGUAAAUGGGAAUCCUGGUAGUUUUGAAUUAAUGUCACUGUGAGACAUUUAAAGAUGAUAGGUUUUAAUGAAAAAAAGAUGGCAUCUCUACGGCAUAUCCAUAAUCUUGUAUUAAUUAACGCCAAUGGCGAAGCUUUCAAAUUUUGCAUCCUGAAUUCGGCAAAAACGCUCGAGUUAGAUGACCACAUAAGCUUUCACUUGAACUGUUGAUAGCAUUCCUAUGAGAACAAAAAUAGUCUCCAGUCAAAAAUUCAGUAAUCUCAACAACGUUUUUUGCAGUAACAUCUAUUUUGCUGAACUGGCGGAGUUUGUUCAGGCAAAAAAUUGGUGAAUUCGGUGUAAAAGACGUAAAGAAUGAACCAAAAUGCGAGGGCACAAAAGUGACGCCCUAAAAUAAGGAUGCCUGUUUAAAUAAAAAGAAGGCUGUUAGCAAGAUCCCACGCGAAUUUAACAAUGAGGUCUACUGUGGUAAGCUGGAAUAAAUGCCUGGGCACGCAUACACGAACAUCAGUCUGAAGUAAAAUGGCCGGAGUACCUGCCCUGAGUCGCCAGGCAUGCAAUAGACACUAUAUUUUAAUGUGCUUGUAAUAAAACACGCCUCGUUGACGUAAAGAAUUUCUCAAAGCCAUACACUCCAAUGACUGGCACAUUAAGUGGCCUGUCGGACUUGACUAUAGGUACCGUAAUUUUAAGAAAACACUAAAAAGACGACACUUAGUCCGACCGGAACGUCAACCCGCAUCCAUGGUUCAUUAGCAUGAAUUAUAAUGCUAUACCGCCUAUUCAGGACGGUUUAUAAUGGGCACCGUUUUUCGUAUUUCCUGUAUGUCUGUUAAAAACCUUGCGGCCAACAUCAGAACUUUACGAAGCGGAGCUUUUUGACAAUCCCAAUGGUUAUUUCUGACCCGUUUGCAGUCAUCAGCCAAACGCACCUAACCACAGAUGUAGAACGCUCGAGAUUCGAACUCGAGACCUUCAGUCAUUAGACCUGGUUUGACCGUGCCAUCCACUUGCGCCCUCCGCGCCUCCGGUCUUGUCGACCCUGUUGUGGCACGGAGCCCGACUAAAGGGAAGAAAGAAGAGUGAGGUAGAUGCUGUCCAAGUCUACUUUAACUAAAAAACUAAUUCCCUCACAAGUCAUCCUCCCUGCUAUCACCUCGAUUUGGAGCACCCGAUGGGCAUCGCCGGCAACGACGGUCAACUUGUCGGUUGAUAACCGCUCUUCUAUCACGACAAAGUAUUCUCGAUAACUGCUAAAUCACGUACUUUUAGCUUUCUUGCUAAAUAGCGUGAAACACUAAAUUUCACUGCAUUGGGGAGAUUUAUAAAGCACUGUUUUCGGAUACGAAAAACUAUCCUAAUAUAAUUCUUCAAUUUACAUAGCUGUGUACGCAAAAGUCGUAGUAUGCAAAGGAAUCCAAGGAAAACUGCAUAAAGCCAAACGAACCCAACCACUUGAACAAAGGAGGAGUUUUGACGAGUCCUUCACCUUUUCGAAAAUCGAAGACCCCUCAAACAUGAACGUCCGCAUUGUGCUCAUGCAACAAGGCUUUAUUGGUAAGUGUGGACACUGAGAUCCCGGUUAUUCUUGAUUUUAAGUCAUUGUCUAAAAGCGUUCUUUGAACAAUCUCCGUUCUGACAUCAAGGCCGUACUCAGUUGAAGGUAGUUUAUAUCCUGCACGUUCAUGUUCACAAGUGAGUCGUGAUCGAACAUGAAAAUAAUCAUCCCAAAGCGAUAAAAUAUUCACUUCAUUUUCGAGGUUUGAAAAAAUAAUUCUCCGGAAAAUUCAAAAAUUGAGCUAAUACGCCUCUGAAACACAUCCGGCCGCAUCCAGGUAUUUGCAUGAUUAGUGUUUAACCUGUGGUAUUGUUUCCCCUUGCAUCAUAAGAUGAGUAAUUGGAGUUCCCAACAGUGGCGUAGCCUGUAUUUUUUUAGAAGGGCGUCAAAUAACGAAGAAUUUAGGCACUUGCAAUGGUCAAGUGCUCAGGGCCCAUAGUUUGAGCCAAAUGACAACGGCAUCCGCUUAAUACUGUUUAUGCGCGUGAGUUGGUCGCAAUCCAGGAUUCAAGCAUCGCCCUUUGAUUGAAAGGUCAGGCAAAAAUAGCGCUCUGUUAGGUUAACAUACAAAAGAGCGACUUCAUGGAGGUUAUCGACAAAAACAGAUCAGGACGUCGCUUCCAGGGCGGUCACUCAAACAUUCGUUUACCAGCAACGCUUGAAAUUGGGCCUCCGGUGAGUACCUGAUUGAAGAUAACUAGUCAUAAUACAAACCAUGGACACAAAGAUUUCGGUGUUCUUUCUCCAAGAAAUAUAAUUAAAAUUUCAGAUCCCGAAACAAACGAAUGAAAUAAGAUUUGUUUAAUCUACUGUGUCGUGUAUAAUUCGACCAGUCGGAAGACAGCACGCUACUGGCACACGUUUCUUACUUAUAAAAAUGUCCAACCUAGUUAUGCAAUAGUUGUCUUCUGGCGUAAAUCUAAUCAAAACGUCCAGCGUUUCUGAACCUUCCUACUGCACUCUAUUUAGUAGCAGCGUCAAAGAAUCAGAAACCCUGCUUUUUUACUCUCACUGUCAAUUUUGAAAAUAGCGCUCAAAUUGUCGAUAUCAGCGGAAAGAUGAUUAAAGAAACAAGAUUUGAAUUCCCCAGAUGUUUCUGUCACUAAGAGGUGCAAUACUUACACCCGAUCAAGCGUUUUCAUGCAUAGCAUUUUGCGACUUGGAUGCGCGCAAGCACACAGUAAUCGCGGCAAACAUGGACUCCGAUGAUGCGUAUAGGAUUCCUUAAAUAUGAUUGGUGUGUGGUUAGGCAACGGCCUCAUUAUAUAAAUAUUUCAUUCCCUGUGCGUGAAUUAGUUCUAGCUGUUAUUAAUCCUGAUGAUGUGAUCGUAAGAGAAUACAAAACUUUUGGUGAAUGAAAUUGCUGAGCCUGCGAUUUUGUCCCAUUUUCCACAACUGUUUUCUGGAAAUCAUUCCAACAACUACAGCGAAUUUAUUAACAUUAUUAAUUUCCCAACAGCUCAAGUGUCGCUUUUAAUCACUUCACUAUAUGAAUAACACGUACUGUACACGCACCUAAUGCCUGAUCUCUUCAGAAAGCUGGUAAGAUAAUUUACCUAUAUGGCUUUCACAAUUACACAACAAAAUCAUGCGUUCAUCUGUCGCUAAGCUCUCUCUCAAUAGUAGACACCCUGUCGGCCCUGCGGACACGUACCUGGUUGCCCUUCGCGCAUAAGGAGGCAUGAAUACGUACGGGCGGUUGCGUAAAUCAACAAACUGAGGAUCGCUAGGUCGAGGUCAGGUUUACCACAUGACUUUAAAUGUAUUUGAGGAAAAUUGGCUUACGCCUCCGGAAUCACAGUUUGUGUAUAACAAUCGAAAAAUUAGCAACAAAAUGAAGAAAUUCCAGCGGCAAGUGAAUGCAGCCAUCGAUUCACAUAGAGCACUAAAUUUCUGGUCAAAAAGUCACGUAUCUCGUUCGUCGGUGAAAUAUAUGCCUCUCAAGUCAAUAUUUAAAUGCUUCCACAAACUGAGACACUUCAAUCGCCUCAGGCAGGUUAGUCUAUGGUUCCACGACACGGCUGGAGUAUAAGUACUUUCUCACAUUCAUUUUCCUUUGAGAACAUGUAGUUUGAACGGAUGUACCCAAACGUUAUUUGUGAUGGCGUGUUAAAAAGUCACCACACCGGAGGGGCUAGUCUAAACCACGCACGAUGCGAAACGUUUAUAUCAGGUUUCCGCGCAACUGCCUAUAACGUAGAGGAUAGUGGUUAAGGUUAUUCAAGCAGGUCUCGUAAAGAAUUUUUCUUUGACCUCUUGCUAAUUCUGUGGCUCGCCUCUGCUUUACCGGUUUUGCCCUCUGCUUCCAGGUAUCUCAGUGUUUGACUCCCUCGUGCACAAUCCAGUACUCUAAAGGCCCCUUUUAGUUUAACAGAAUGCCCAUGGUCUGCACAGCAUCUGAUGGUCAGUGGUCUUGACGUUUUGGUGCCGAUAACUUCUGUUGUGUAAGAUCGAUUAAAACUGUACGAAGUGCGAAUUCAUUGAAAAGGUGGUUAAUUUCAAGUGUACGCAAACAUAAAUUUUCAGAGAAAAGUAGAAUUAGUUAACUGCGACCUGCGAAGGUGCAAUAAUAUCAGCAUCAACAGCAAAAUUUAAUGAUGCCGAAAGUUUGCGGGGGUCUUUUUGUUGCCUACUCACAUGAUUACUAACGGUCAGAUGUGGUUAUGUAGCCCCACCUGAGGUAAGCGAACACCGGCCACCUGUAAUACGAGAUCGCUGGUAGUAAAGGUUUUUACAGGUGGGACCACGGAACGCACAGGUGACGAGGUGAAGUACUUGUGUGCAAAAGAAAAGUUAUUGUGAAUGCGCGGUUGUAUUUUGAGUAAUCGGGAAAUAGUUGUCCUAACCCAUAACCGUAACCGUAACCCUAGCCUCUAACCCUUACCCUAGUCCCUAGUCCCAACCACAACAGCAUUGUGCUCAUCAGGUUGGUCUACAUAAAAAAUCAUUCCGCAAUAACAACUGGAAAAUUAAAAAAUUGCUUAUAUUAAAAAUUAAUAUAGAACUGGUAAAUUGGUAUGGAUUUCUUUAAAUAAGCCAUCUUUCCUGUAUGCACUUUCGCAAAAACGGAAGGUCACCUUAAUCAUACACUCCAUAUUCCGAAAUAAUAACCUGGUAAAUCUAUAUUUGCGUUAUAUAAGAUUCGAUUUUGCACUGUGAAAACAAAACCUCGUCUAACUUCUGUUCAAAAAAAGCUAGAAAUAUUGCUCCAAUUGCACGUAUUGUGCAGAAGCAUAUCAUGAAUUGACGCAACACCCAGUUUCUAAAACGCCAUCAUAUUGUUCCGGCCUUCAAAUGAAAAAAGCAUUACAAACAUGACCGAGCCACGGCAGCCGAUGCUUAACUUUAAGGUCUUCCAAUGCAGUUCAUAUUCUAUUUGAAAGUAGUAUGAAGUCUAAUCAAAUUAACUAGGGAGAAGGUAGCUGCCAUUACACGUCACCUUUCGAUAGCAAUUUAAAGUUAAAAUAUGCUUGGGGAUGCAGGUACAUUGGGAAAACACAGAGUAAAUGACUGACUGCCCAAUCAGUAAUUUAGCAGAACGAUUUUUAAAGACAAAAAACAAAUUCCAUCCCACGCUGUUCCCAUAGUGGACACUAUUUUGGCCCAGCCAGCAAGUACACCGUAGUUAUGGCGGUGGUUUUACCGAUUCGCAUAACCGUUACUCCUGUGUAAAUGAAAAGUCGCCUAUGAAUAAUUGAAUUGCUCACAAACACCUAACAGCGAAGACCAGGUAAAGUGGUGGCGGUGGCCAACCUUGAUCUGAGGAAAGACGAGGUGAUUAACCACUCCAAACUCUGGGAGUAGUCGCGCAACAACCGACUUGUGACAAAUAUUACGGGUCGAGGAUCAGAAUGGUAGCGGUCAGACGACUAAAUUAAGUUCGUCUUGCCCUUAUUCAGCAAACGUGUUGGCGAAGAAAUAACCGUCUCAGCCUCUUCAUUCUUUUUGGCGGAAAGCCUCCCUACGCUUAAUUGUCCACCGUCAUUCUGCAGACUGUGUGGGCUGUAAGUCGAGACAGUGCGAUGUCUAAUUCUAGGGUCCGAAGGAUAGAAGUUGAAGUUGUAGGGUUGUAGGCCAAAAGUUUAAAAAAAGCCGAAUUCGCCGGGAUUGUAAAUCACGUUAGGAUUGCUCCAGCAAACUCUCUAACUACGUGGAUUGCGAGGGUCGAUUGAGAGUUCCAGGUAUUUUCGACUUUUUGAUAAAUUAUUUACCCAACCUACUGCGGCGUAUACAGGCAUUACACUCUGUCUGUUCAAGAGUCAUAUGUAAACAGCCCGUCAGGAAGCCCCGAGAGAAUUUCCGGACAAGUAAUUAAACAGGCGUCUCCAGUGACAACCAAACUGGUUAGAUAUUUGCGCAAAAUUUUCGCAAGCAAAUCACAAGGGUGUUGAGCAACGACGGCCAUUUGCGCCCACACAAUUAAACAGGCGUAUGUGGCAGAUUUGAGCAAUCUACUUUAUUUGGUUUUUGUGCUUACAGGGGUGACAAAAUGGAAAAUCGGAAUAGGCGUCCUUGAUUUUAGUCGAAGUGUGGUUUAGAGCACUUGCCGCGGGCCUCAUGACGACGAAAAGCUUAUACUCGGAAUUCGCUAAUAAGAGAGUACGGUAUAACAUUUUUACGGUCAACCCAAAGACCAAGACCACCGAGUUCUAAUUUUGAAUGCUAUACGACAGUCAAUUCAGGCAAGCCGAGCGCAACAAUUACAGCUCCUAGCGCCUUCCUGAUUAGUACCUGUCAACAAGUGACAGUCGAUGUCCUAAGUCUGAUAGGAGGAGAUUAGUUCUGCUGACGCAGCCCAGAGUGUGGAUCGGGCGCGCAGUCAUUCUAAUCUCCCGACAAAUCGCUUACGUCCAAUCAACGAAACAAGUGUCUAACUGCCACAACGUGGCAAGUGCAGUGUCAGGGAGGGGGGCAACACUCAGCGUUGCUGACUGCUAGGGCGACUGCUCAGUAUGACGUUGUGAUAAGGCUGAAUGACGUCACUGACAAGGAGAAGGGAGAGUGGAAUUUUCACAGUAAUCGCGGCAAACAUGGACACCAUGAUGCGUAUGGGAAUCGUUAAAUAUGAUUGGUGUGUGGUUACGCAACGGCCUCAUUGUAUAAAUAUUUCAUUCCCUGUGCGUGAAUUAGCUUUAGCUGCCCUCAAUCCUGAUGAUGUGAUCUUAAGAGAAUACAAAACCUGGGGUGAAUGAAAGUGCUGAGCCUACGAUUUUGUCCUCUUUUCCGCAACUGUUUUCGGGAAAUCAUUCCCACAACUACAGCGAAUUUAUUAAUAUAAUUAAUUUCCCGACAGCUAAAGCGCCGCUUUCCAUCACUUCACUACAUGAAUAGCACGUACUGUACACGCACCUAAUGUCGGAUCUCUUCAGAAAGCUGGUAUGAUAAUUUACCUAUAUGGCUUUCAAAAUUACACAACAAAAUCAUGCGUUCAUCUGUCGUUAAGCUCUCUCUCAAUAGUAGACACCCUGUCGGCCCUGCGGACACGUACCUGGUUGCCCUUCGCGCAUAAGGAGGCAUGAAUACGUACGGGCGGUUGCGUAAAUCAACAAACUGAGGAUCGCUAGGUCGAGGUCAGGUUUACCACAUGACUUUAAAUGUAUUUGAGGAAAAUUGGCUUACGCCUCCGGAAUCACAGUUUGUGUAUAACAAUCGAAAAAUUAGCAGCAAAAUGAAGAAAUUCCAGCGGCAAGUGAAUGCGGACAUCGAUCAACAUAGGACACUAAUUUUUUGGUCAAACAGUCACAUAGCCGUUUUUCGGUGCAAAAUAUGUCUGUCCAGCCGAUAUUUAAACUCCUCCUUAGACUGAAAGACUUCAAUCGCCUCAGGCAGGUUAUUCCACGGCUCCAGGAAUCGGCUGGUGUAAAAAUACUUUCACACAUUGAUUUUUUCCUUUGAUAACACGUAGCUUGAAGGGAUAUCCCCGCAGGUAAUUUGUGGUGGCGGGUUAAAAACUCAACAGGGGGCAGUCCAAGCCACGCGCAAUGUGAAACAAUUAUAUAAGGUUUCCGCGCAUAUGUCUAUAACUUAGAUGAUAGUGAUUAGAGUUAGUCGUGCGGUCUCGUAAAGCAUUGUUCUUUGACCUCUUGCUAAUUUUGUGGCUCGCCUCUGCUUUACCGGUUUUGCAUGCUGCUUCCAGGUAUCUCAGUGUUUGACUCCUUCGUGCACAAUCCAGUACUCUAAAGGCCCUUUUUAGUUCAACAGAAUGCCCAUGGUCUGCAUAGCAUGUAAUGGUCAGUGGUCUUCACGCUUUGGUGUCGAUAACUUCUGUUGUGUAAAAUCGAUUAAAACUGCAGGAAGUGCAAAUUCAUUAAAAAGGUGGUUAAUUUCAAGUGUACGUAAACACACAUGUUCAGAAGAAAGUAGAUUUAGUUGACUGCGACCUGCAAAGGUGCACUAAAACCAGUGUCAACAUCAAAAAUUUAAUGAUAUUAAGAGUUUGCGGAGGCCUUUCUUUCGCAUCCUCUCAUGAAUAAUAACGGUCAGAUACAGUUAUGUAGCCCCACCUGAAGUAAGCAAGCCCCAGUCACAUGUAGUACUGCACCGGUGGUUAUAGGGGUUUUUUAAAGGUGAGGACGGGGAAUGCACAGGUGAUGAGGUGAAGUACUUGUGUGCAAAAGAAAAGUAAUUGGGAAUGCGUGGUUAUACUUUGACUAAUCGGUAAAUGGUAGUCUUAACCCGUAACCGUAACCCUAACCUCUAACCUCUAACUCUAACUCCUAGUCCUAACCACAGCAGUAUUGUGCUCAUCAGGUUGGGAGACAGAAAAAACUUACCAUUAUAACAACCGAAUAUAUAAAAAUUGUUUUUGAUCAGAAGAAGAAGCGAUCGCUGGAACAAUGGCUUUAUUCGCCUGACGUUUCGGAUUCUCUCUUGAAUCCAUCAUCAGAGACAGCAGCAGAAAAGGGUGGCUUGUGUACGGGAAGUCGCAGUAUUUAUAGGAUGCGGUCGCUAUGCUACCGCAUACCUAUAGCAAGUAACCGUGCUCCCUUCAUCAAGGAUUGUUGCCCGCAGGUGCGCUAAUUGCUUGAUGGCCGACAUGCAAGUUGUUAAUUGCUGACAUCUCAUCACCCGUGUUGGAUGCUGGCGUGAUGAUCGCUCGGCCAUCUGGCUCACGUGCUUGCGCGCUCCUCGAGUGGUCAAUUGCUUUGGCCAGUCUAUGCCUCAGGACAUAAUAUGGAGUGGGGAUGUCGUUGCACUUGUUGAUAGACUGAGGUCCCGUGAACCAUGACUCAAGCAACUCGCGGCUCACGCGAUUAUCCCCUCUCGCGAGAAUUUCGGCCUCAUCGAACUUGAAUGUGUGGCCGGGUCUCGUCGAAUGGGCCGCGACCUGAGAGUUGGCGUCAUUUCUCCGUACAGCUGCCACGUGUUCGGCAAUUCGCGUCCGGAGCAGUCUUCCAGUUUCUCCGACAUAGUUGGUUUGUCCGCAACUGCACCAGAUCCGGUAAACGACUCCAGAUGUUUCUUGCCGUGGCCGAGCGAUCAUCACGCCAGCAUCCAACACAGGUGAUGAGAUGUCAGCAAUUAACAACUUGCAUGUCGGCCAUCAAGCAAUUAGCGCACCUGCGGGCAACAAUCCUUGAUGAAGGGAGCACGGUUAAUUACUGUAGGUAUGCGGUAGCAUGGCGACCGCAUCCUAUAAAUACUGCGACUGCCUGUACACUAGCCACCCUUUUCUGCAACUGUCUCUGAUGAUGGAUUCAAGAGAGAAUCCGAAACGUCAGGCGAAUAAAGCCAUUGUUCCAGCGAUCGCUUCUUCUUCUGAUCAACUAGUUCCUGGAUCUCGCAUUUUCGCUUGUAUCGGCAAAAUUGUUUUUAUUGAAAAUCAAUAUAGAACUGAUAAAUUUUCACGGAUUUUUUAAAUAAGUCAUUUUUUCCGUAAACACUUCCGAAUAAAUGAAAGGUCACCUUAAUCAGACACUCCGUAUUCCAAAAUACUAAUUUGGUAAAUCCCUAUUUGCGUUUACUAAGCUUCCGGUUUGCACUAUGGAUCGAAAUCUUGUUUACACUCUGUUCAAGGAAGCUAGAAAAAUUCCUAUAAUGGCCCGCUUUGUGCAGAAGCAUACCACGAAUUGACGCAACACCCAUUUUCUAAAAGGCAAUCAUAUUGUAUUGGCCUUCAAAUGAAAAUAGUAUUACAAACGCGGCCGAGCCACGGCAGCCCAUGCUUAUCUUCAGGGUCUUCCAAAGCACUUUAUUUGACAUUUAUAUUAAAUCUAAUCAAAGAUAAAGGGGAGAAGGUACCACGCAUUGCACGUCACCUCUGGACCAAAAUUUCGAGUUCCAAUAUGCUUGUAGCUGCCGGUACAUUGGGAGAACCGAGAGUAAGGGACUGACAGCUCAAUCAGUAAUUUUGCAGAACGAUGUUUGAAGACAAAAAAGCAAGUUCAAUCUCACGCUGUUCCGAUAGUGGACGCUAUUUUGGCCCAGCCAGCAAGUACACCGUAGUUAUGGCGGUGGGUUGAGCGAGUCGCACGACCGUUACAACCGUGCGAAUGAAAAGUCGCCUAUGAAUAAUUGAAUUGCUCAUAACCACCUUACAGCAAAGACCAGGUAAAUUGGUGGGGGUGGCCAACCUAGAUCUGAGGCCAGACGAGGUGAUAAACCACUCCAAUCUCUGGGAGUAGUCGCGCAACAACCGACUUGGGGCAAAUAUUACGGGUAGAGGAUCAGAAUGGAAGCGAGCAGACGUCUAAAUUGAAUUCGUCUUGAUCGUGUUCAGCAAACGUGUUGGCGAAAAAAUAACCUUCUUAGCCUUUUCAUUCUUUUUCGCGGAAAGCCUCCCUACGCUUAAUUGUCCACCGUCAUUCUGCAGACUGUGUGGGCUAUAAGUGGAAACAGUAUGAUGUCUCAUUCUAGGGUCCGAAGGAUAGAAUUUGAAGUUAUAGGGUUGUAAGCCAAAAGUUUUAAAAAAGCCGAAUUCGCUGGGAUUGUAAAUCACGUAAGGAUUACUCCAGCAAACUCUCUAAGUACGUGGAUUUCGAGGGUCGACUGAGAGUUUCAGGUAUUUUCGAUUUUUAUAUAAAUUGUUUACCCCACCAACUGCGGCGUAUACAGUCGUUACAUUCUGUCUGUCCAAGAGGCAUAUGUAAACAGCCCGUCAAGAAGCCCCGAGAGAAUUGCCGGGGAAGCAAUUAAACAGGCGUCUCCAGUGAAUACCGAACUGGUUAGAUUUUUGCGCAAACUUUUCGCAAGCAAAUCACAAGAGUGUUGAGCAACGACUGCCAUUUGCGCCUACACAAUUAAACAGGCGUAUGCUGCAGAUUUGAGCAAUCUACUUUAUUUGGUAUUUGUGCUUACAGGGGUGACCAAUUUGAAAAUUGAAAUAGGCGUCCUUGGUUUUAGUCGUAAGUGUGGUUUAGAGCGGGCCUCAGGACGACGAAAACCUUAUACUCGGAAUUCGCUGAUAAGAGAGUACGGUAUAACAUUUUUACGGUCAACCCAAAAACCAAGACCACCGGGUUCUAAAUUUUGAAUGCUAUACGACAGUCAAUUCAGGCAAGCCGAGCGCAACAAUUACAGCUCCUAGCGCCUUCCUGAUUAGUACCUGUCAACAAGUGACAGUCGAUGUCCUAAGUCUGACAGGAGGAGAUUAGUUCUGCUGACGCAGCCCAGAGUGUGGAUCAGGCACGCAGCCAUUCUAAUCUCCCGACAAAUCCCUUACGUCGAAUCAGCGAAACAAGUGUCUAACUGCCACAACGUGGCAAGUGCAGUGUCAGGGAGGGGGAGGGGGUAACUGUCAGCGUUGCCGACUGCUGGGGCGACUGCUCAGUAUGACGUUGUGAUAAGGCGGAAUGACGUAACUGACAAGGACAAGGGAGGCUGGAAUAGUCGAUACCCAGCCAUACCCAACUUCGAGGGGUGGAACACAUAGGGCUCGAUUUUGAGACCUGUAGAUUUGAGGUCCAAUGUCUCACCACAGGACAACGAACUUGUGACUCGAGGGUUAAGAGUGUUGGACUUUGAACCAACCUCUCACGGGGUCGAGCUCCAGGUGUUUUACACCUCGGAGUUGGGUAUGACUGGCUGACGACAGACAAUAAGACAAAAGUGGCCACUCCAGUCUCCCUUGUCUUUGUCGGUUACGCUAUUCUGCCUAUAUCGUAGGCCGCUGGUUGGGCUCGAGAGAUCUCCACGGCACAGCGCGACAAGUGAGUUUCGUAACGCGGUCGAUGAGCGAUAAAAUACAUGAUCGGUAUUAAAUUGACCCUUAUCAGCCCCUUGGGAGUUGCGACUGUACAGCACCUUUUUGCCCCGAUUGUUUUCCUGGCAUCUGGGGUUCAAAAAAACCAGUUUCACUCAUUUUAAGUAUAAGACUUGUGGUUACAAAGCAACAUACCACGGCCAAUCGACAAAUUUUUCUUAAUUAUGGCCGUUUGACUGUCGGUUUUAACGACACCCGCCGUUUACUGUACAACGAGGUGAGGGCAGUGACGGCGACUCGUAAUUGAAAUGGUUGAAGGUGAUGGUAGCUAAUCGGGGAAGGCAUGUAGAGAAGCUUAUUUUGAUUUGCAUCAAUUCCUUAUUGGAAACGCAUUUUUAGAACUUUGGUUAACAUUUCAUGGGAUCGGUUAUUAACUCCGCAAUGUCAUUAUCCUCGUCAUCCCUCAAGUCUCACAAUCGCGGGCAUAGUUGGAUACAUGCAUGGAAAAUCCUGUGGAUAAAACUCGAGCCGAAUUUGUGCAAACUUUUUUAGGACACUGGGAGACUGUCUUUACCUUUCUGGGUAAUUAAGCCUACCGUUGCUAUGCGAGCUAAUCGGGGAUGGAGUACAGCGGAGUCGACUCUAAUUUACACAAAACGCAGCCAGACAUCGCCUGUGUGAGGCACAACGCAUUCGCUGUGGCCAACAUUUCAAUAUGCACAAACGUUUUCCUAACAGCCGCCUUUCCAUAGGUCUUGAAUAACAUCACGCAUAAACGUUCACAAAGAAGAUUAUGUUAACCUCAAAGUCCUUUUUUCCCUCGCAUUACAUGCUGCUAAUCCAUAGAACUGGGCUUCAGUCCAGUCAAAUUAUUAAGCAAAUUAGCAAAGAAACUUUCGCCUUUACGGAUCACUUGGGUACUUGUUAGCAAAUUUUUAUGGAAGCCAUAUAUUUAAAGUUGGAAACGGUAUAGUUUACAACGGGGCUCAUUUAACAUUUUCGUGCGUAGUGUUAAAAAAGGGAAUUACGUCGGGCAGGAUGGCAUGUUGAAUGGCUGGUAUAGUGUCAAAAUCUCAUUUAUCUUAGGAAGUGGUAAUCAAAAAUCCGGAAUAUCAUUUUUUUAUAGAGGAUGUUAUAAUGUUUGUAAUCGGGCGGCAUAAUCAUAAAAUAUUGCGGUCAGGCCAUGUUUUGAAAGUGCAAGAUUCCGACUGCCUGCAGAAACCGCACUCGAUGAAAUGACUGAAUUUUUGCACAUUGGGUUUCUACUUUUUGCUGUAUUUAAUAGUCCAAGUAGAUUUUGUAGAAGCCAUGAAUACGAAUAUUGUUCCUCAUACACAUUUGAUAGGAAAAGAACUUCUCUUCAAGUUUUAUAUUUAAAGGAAUGAUGACUGCCAGUUUGGGUCGGAUGUGGUUAAGUAGACCAGCUUGAAGUAAAAAACCCCCAGUUAUCUCUAAUGCAGUGCCGGUGGGCCAGGCAACGCACAUGCGACGAGGUCAAUUAGUUGUAUGAAAAAGAAAAGUUAUUGGGAAUGCGCGGUUGUACAUUAAACGGUUAAGAAAUAGUUGCGCUAACCCCCAACACUGAUCCUCACCCCUAACUACAACCCCUAUACCUAAGCCCUAACCCCGAGCCCUAACCCUUAACCAAAACCUCAACAGCAUUGUGCCCAUCAAGUGGGGCCAACAAACCAUAUAUUACCGCACCAGCAGCGGUUGCGUUUGCGUGUUCAGCUCCUACGACGCACACUGUACAGAUUCUGAUUAAGGAGAGUUAUACACUUCCGUAGGUUAUGGAGAAGAUGGCGUAUGAAGCUUCCGACAUUUUUCAAUGAGUGAACAUUCCACAAUUGCAUAAAUCUGAAAACAAUAAUCUUUUUUAAGACAAAAAGUUACUUCUUCAUCAAGUAUUAACCCAGAGAAGGCGUUGUUUGCAACAACGCAUCUCAAAAAAGGUGUUUGCGUGGAAAGCGAUUGUUUUACGGAUCUUCCUUGUCCAGUUGUGCCUUGGGGCUUAGUAGUUUCUUCUGGAAGAUUGGACGUUUCCUGUCAUGUCGUUUGCUAUCAACGGAACGAAUCUCAAAGAGAGCCACAGAAAACAUCUUUUAAAAGGUCGGCCCACAGAUGACAAGAAUUGUCCGCGUGGUGGUUUCCGAAAUCUGCAAAAAACAAGUUUUAGGCGUCAUUUGACGAGAGCGGAACGCGAUAACUGAAAAUGCCAGCGUGUAGUUAAACCAGUAGUUUGACCUAAAUACGGGACCUCAACAACAACAACCAGUCAAUUUACUACAAACGAAUUUGCAUAAUGGCACUGUUCCGGCUUGUUGAGAGUACAGUAUUGCCUCGGAAGACAACGUUCAUUUACUUAGAUGCCUUCAGAUGCUGCUGAGGACAUUUGGCUACACGUAGGCCUGUGUCCACAUGCGCACUCAACGACAAGAUUAAAGGUCAGCCCGGACUUUGGCGAGCCUUUCCUAACGUCAAUAAUCUCUCGAAAACUGCCCGUGGCCGCACGCCACUGUGAAACGAUAUUGCAUAUAAACCGAAGGGGAUCAUCAGACGUCCGCUGAUUAAACCUUCAACACGCCAAUACAGUUAGGAACAGCCAAAGUCGUUCAACCGACCUGGUGGAAAUGCUAAAAAGUGUAAAAUUAUUCUGGACGCGGAUAGAUGGACACUCACCGACAUGGAGGGGGAAUAAAGCCGACCUUCAAGCUCUGACUCCCAUCUUGACUUCAAGGCCAACGAAACCGAAGUGCUAUUUAUUCUAUCUGCUAUGGGCGUAUGCGUGUGUGUUGAGAAACUGUAUCUUAUAAAACCGAACGUCCUGGGCGUCCCGUACUUUUCUCCGGUGUUUUCUCUGAUAAUCCGGAUGACACGCAUAUACGAGUUGUCUGAAAUCAUCAGUAACCGCACCGGUACUCAAAACUGUUGUCGUCUCAGUGUCUAUUCGUCGGAAUAAGGUGAAUAGGGAAAUUAUCGAAAGGCUUACCAGACAGGAAGAUACACGAAAACAGAGAAGGCCGUAAUCUGGAUCAGCUUGCAGGUCAAGGUUCCCAUCCGGCAAAUCGACCAGCUAGGUAAACCCAUCGAUGUAUGAGAAAUGAACAUACUGCGUAGCUGGAGCCCCUCCCUACGUAAACCUCCCGAAGACAUAAGCUGACCCGCACACAUCCAGACGUAGCACACAUUUAGGCAAGCACUGGUUGGUCCCAGUCGAAAUAAGUUCAGGCGCAAGCACUUCAACUGUCACUGGCCAGAUGAUGACGCCAAUGCAAUUGACAUUUUCGGCGUAAAUAAUUAUUUACAGUUCCCUACAUCUACAAACGUUUCUGCUAAUUUUUAUAAUGGAUAACUCUUGAACACUAGAAACGCGGAAACGUCUGUUUUGGUUUGCCCCCGUGAUUUACACAAUCGAGCGCUUUAAAUGAAAGAACCCACAUCAGCAGGACACGUUCCCUCAGUCGACGCUCGUGGCAGGGUCAUAGGAGGCAAGCGGAGUGCGACUUUAUUUAUAAAAAGACAAAAAGUAAUUAGGAUAUCAAUAAGGGCGCGGGAAACUAAUGGCGAAGAUAAUAAACAAGUGAAUUAGUGCUUUAAGCGUGCAGUUUACCUCCAGAGAAAACCCAAAUUUUAAAGUGAAAUGGAAAAUUCCACAUGGCAUAUUUUUGUCAAAAUGAUUAUAUCUUAACGCAAAAAAAUAAGUCGAGAUAAGCAAUUAGGACUUCAUUAAUUAAGGCUGAUGGGGAUAGGAUAAAACCAUCCUUUUUAGAUGUUGCAUAUGCAUGGUCAGCAGGCGACGGCGGCAGUUAUAAAAACUGGCAAAAGAAAAAUAAAUAGAUGUAGAGUGGCAAUAACACCAAAGAGAAGGGAGACUGGAAUGGCCAUUUCUGGCUUAUUGGCCAUCUUCAGUCAGUUACACCGGACUGCGAGGUGUGGAGAACCUGGGGCUCGAUCCGGCGACCUGUUGGUUGUUAUUCCAAAGUCUAUAACCAUUAAGCCAUAAUCUCGUUGCCCUGUGAUAAGUUGUUGGCCUUCUAAUAAACUGAUCGGGAGAUUGAGCAUUAGAUGUUCCAGCCCUCAGAGCUGGGUGUGCCUAUCUGAGGACUGCUAAUAGACCGAGAAUGUUUGCCGCAGUUUCCCUUGUUUUUGUGUAAUAUUAGGCAAGAAUAUGUUUGUGUACGAUUCCCAAAAGCAAGUAUUUGAGUUCAAAGGCGCAAUGAAAGUAAAUUUAAAAGUGCACACUGUUUCUUAAUUCAUUUUUACUUAAUUUGCUUUGAGAAGACGGCGGUAAAGGAGCAUGAUCGAAAACUGACAUGCCAGCGUGUACGGACUAAAUUUUGCAAGACAACCUAAAUAAUUCUUUCUGAUCGGAAACACAUUUCAGAAUUUUGGCCAACGAUUCAUGCAACAGUUCAGACAAUACUUGUGCAAAAUCCAUUUUUAUUGCACAACGGUUUCCUAUAUUUACCCGCCCAGAGCAGUGCAAAUUCCUAUACCAACCUUUUAAAUCUUGAAUAAUUUUUACGAUGUUCUGCAGAAAAAUUCAAAAACUUAAUGCUUUUCGCUUUUUUGCAGGUAUUUACGCUUUAUUUUUAGGUUUGAUUUUAGAGCUAGCACUUGUUGCGCGUUAUAAAAGGCUUCCUGGCACUGUAUGCUCUGGAUUGCAACCUGCUUUCUAAAUUGGUCUUGCAGGCGGUCUUUCAGCGAACAAAAUUUAUAAAGCUGCCAAGCUUUAAAUACCUAAGACAAGUGCAACGUUCUUUCAGACGCGAAUAUUAAGCCGGUGUUCACAUAAAAUGACCAGGGAGCCUAAUUACAGUAAUUCCGAAACAUCGUGUUCCUAUAUAAAUAAAUUUAAGGCUUCGUGCUAAAUGAAUAGAUUUGUAUAUGAGAAAAGUGGUGCAUGUGAAAAAAACCAAAGAAUUAUUAACUGAGUUUGAAAACUGUGGUUUAACAAACAUACCAAACUCAGGUUUCAAAGGCUUCUCGCUUAUGCGUGGGAAAAUGAGGAGGAAAGGAGGAAAAAGGUUUUACCAAUUACGUGGCGAAUUUCGACAUUUUACCUUGAUAAAUUACGCAGUCUUACCAGGAACAUAUUUGUUAAUGCCCCAAUGCAAGCAAUCAUAAUUGUGCAUAUUUUUUAAUUACAGAUAAAUCGAUCGCUUUCGUCGUUCUUGGGAACGAAUUGGUGUCGAAGGGCUCGGGCAUUUCACAUUGGCAUUCAAUGAUUGAAAACGCAGAUUCCACCAUUACGGAGAUCCACGAACUUCAACCUAUCUCUUGA